AUGGCUACCUCGAAUGUGCUGGAGGAGUCCUGCCUGCUGCGGAGAGGCAGAUCUCACAGCGACCCGAGCAGCAUCAUCACGGAACCUCGAGUCGCCGGAGCUACCGGAGCAGGUUGGUGACUACCACUCAUCAUGGCUUGUCUGUCUGAUUUCUAUAGCUGUCUGUCCCUCAUUCGGCAUUUCAGAAUCUGAAUCUCCCGGUCGUGUUGUUGGAUGUAGGCUGUGUUGCAACAUUAAUUGGGUUUUUUUCCUCCCGGUUGAGUGUCCGCGGCACACUGCGAACAUCAAUCGUGAUCAUCCAUGGGUGCGUUUGAAUUUCGAAUAAAACAAAUGUAGCCUAGUAAAUAUGUUAAUUUUCCCUGAAAAACAUUCAUUAUUAGUUAUGAAUAGUAACUUGUUAUUUAUGUAAGCUAUAGGCUACAAGCAUCCGCAGACAAACUGACAUACAGGAGAUGUAGCCUAGUAAUUCAUUGGAGUGUCUGCAAUGCGGGGAUGUUUAGGCCACUACAGCAUAUAACCUAUAGAUUAUUUUUUAAAUAUACAGUGCAUUUGGAAAGUAUUCAGACCCCUUCUCUUUUUUCCACAAUUUGUUAUGUUACUGCCUUAUUCAAAAAUUGAUUAAAUUGUUUUUUUCCCUCAUCAAUCUACACACAAUACCCCAUAAUGACAAAGUAAAAACAGGUAUUUAGAAAUUUUUGCAAAUGUAUUAAAAACGGAAAUACCUUAUUUACAUAAAUAUUCUGUCCUUUGCUAUGAGACUCGAAAUUGAGCUCAGGUGCAUCCUGUUUCCAUUGAUCAUCCUUGAGAUGUUUCUACAACUUGAUUGGAGUCCACCUGUGGUAAAUUCAAUUGAUUGAACAUGAUUUGGAAAGGCACACACCUGUCUAUAUAAGGUCCCACAGUUGACAGCGCAUGUCAGAGCAAAAACCAAGCCAUGAGGUCAAAGGAAUUGUCCAUAGAGCUCAGAGACAGGAUUGUGUCGAGGCACAGAUCUGGGGAAGGACAACAAAACAUUUCUGCAGCAUUGAAGGUCCCCAAGAACACAGUGGUCUCCAUCAUUCUUAAAUGGAAGAAGUUUGGAUCCACUAAGACUCUUCCUAUAGCUGGCCGCCUAGACAAACUGAGCAAUCGGGGGAGAAGGGCCUUGGUGAAGGUGGUGACCAAGAACCCGAUGGUCACUCUGAGAGAGCUCCAGAGUUCCUCUGUGGAGAUGGGAGAACCUUCCAGAAGGACAACCAUCUCUGCAGUCUCCACCAAUCAGGCCUUUGUGGUAGAGUGGCCAGACGGAAGCCACUCCUCAGUAAAAGGCACAUGACAGCCCGCUUGAAAUUUGCCAAAAGGCACCAAAAGGACUCAGACCGUGAGAAACAAGAUUCUCUGGUCUGAUGAAAGCAAGAUUGAACUCUUUGGCCUGAAUACCAAGUGUCACGUCUGGAGGAAACCUGGCACCAUCCCUAUGGUGAAGCAUGGUGGUGGCAGUAUCAUGCUGUGGGGAUGUUUUUCAGCAGCAGGGACUGGGAAACUAGUCAGGAUCAAGGGAAAGAUGAACAGAGCAAAGUACAGAGAUCCUUGAUGAAAUCCUGCUCCAGAGUUCUCAGGACCUCAGACUGGGGCGAAGGUUCACCUUCCAACAGAACAACGACCCUAAGCACACAGCCAAGACAAUGCAGGAGUGGCUUCGGGACAAGUCUCUGAAUAUCCUUGAGUGGCCCAGCCAGAGCCCAAACUUGAACCCGAUCGAACAUCUCUGGAGAGACCUGAAAAUAGCUGUGCAGCAACGCUCCCCAUCCAACCUGACAGAGCUUGAGAGGAUCUGCAGAGAAGAAUGGUAGAAACUCCCCAAAUACAGGUGUGCCAAGCUUGUAGCGUCAUACCCAAGAAGACUUGAGGCUGUAAUCGCUGCCAAAGGUGCUUCAACAAAGUACUGAGUAAAGGGUCUGAAUACUUAUGUAAAUGCAAUAUUUUAUUUUGUAAAUGUCAUUUCAGUUGUUGUUUUUUAUAUACAUUUGCAAACAUUUCUAAAAACCUGUUUUUGCUUUGUCAUUAUGGGGUAUUGUGUGUUGAUUGAUAAGAAAAACAACAACAAUAUAAUCAAUUUUAGAAUAAGGCUGUAACGUAACAAAAUAUGAAAAAAGUCAAGGGGUCUGAACACUUUCCUGAAUUUACUGUAUAUGUCUCAUAGCUUACUUAGAGUAUAUAUCCCUACAGCAUAUACGUAGAGAUGGUGCCAGGUUUCCUCCAGACGUGAUGCUUGGCAUUCAGGCCAAAGAGUUCCAUCUUGCUUUCAUCAGACCAGAGAAUCUUGUUUCUCACGGUCAGAGUCCUUUAGGUGCCUUUUGGCAAACACCAAGCAGGCUUUCAUGUGCAUUUUACUGAGGAGUGGCUUCCAUCUGGCCAGGAUGAGUCGGACCACAGAGUGAAGGAAAAGCAGCCAACAAGUGCUCAGCAUAUGUGGGAACUCCUUCAAGACUGUUGGGAAAGCAUUCCAGGUGAAGCUGGUUGAGAGAAUGCCAAGAGUGUGCAAAGCUGUCAUCAAGGCAAAGGGUGGCUAUUUGAAGAAUCUCAAAUAUAAAAUAUAUUUUGAUUUGUUUAACACUUUUUUGGUUACUACAUGAUUCCAUAUGUGUUAUGUCAUAGUUUUGAACAUACCUACUCAUUCAAGGAUUUUUCUUUAUUUUUACUAUUUUCUACAUUAUAGAAUAAUAGUGAAGACAUCAAAACUAUGAAAUAACACAUAUGGAAUCAUGUAGUAACCAAAAUAGUGCUAAACAAAUCAAAAUAUAUUUUAUAUUUGAGAUUCUUCAAAUAGCCACCCUUUGCCUUGAUGACAGCUUUGCACACUCUUGGCAUUCUCUCAACCAGCUUCACCUGGAAUGCUUUCCCAACAGUCUUGAAGGAGUUCCCACAUAUGCUGAGCACUUGUUGGCUGCUUUUCCUUCACUCUGCGGUCCGACUCAUCCCAAACCAUCUCAAUUGGGUUGAGGUCUGGUGAUUGUGGAGGCCAGAUCAUCUGAUGCAGCACUCCAUCACUCUCCUUCUUUGUCAAAUAGCCCUUACACAGCCUGGAGGUGUGUUUUUGGGUCAUUGUCCUGUUGAAAAACAAAUGAUAGUCCCAUUAACCCCAAACCAGAUGGGAUGGCGUAUCGCUCCAGAAUGCUGUGGUAGCCAUGCUGGUUAAGUGUGCCUUGAAUUCUAAAUAAAUCACAGACAGUGUCACAAGCAAAGCACCCCCACACCAUAACACCUUCUCCUCCAUGCUUUACGGUGGGAACUACACAUGCGGAGAUCAUCCGUUCACCCACACUGCGUCUCACAAAGACACGGCGGUUGGAACCAAAAACCUCCAAUUUGGACUCCAUACCAAAGGACACAUUUCCACCGGUCUAAUGUCCAUUGCCCGUGUUUCUUGGCCCAAGCAGGUCUCUUCUUCUUAUUGGUGUCCUUUAGUAGUGGUUUCUUUGCAGCAAUUCGACCAUGAAGGCUUGAUUCACACAGUCCCCUCUGAACAGUUGAUGUUGAGAUGUGUCUGUUACUUGAACUCUGUGAAGCAUUUAUUUGGGCUGCAAUUUCUGAGGCUGGUAACUCGAAUUAACUUAUCCUCUGCAGCAGAGGUAACUCUGGGUCUUCCAUUCCUGUGGCGGUCCUCAUGAGAGCCAGUUUCAUCAUAGCGCUUGAUGGUUUUUGCGACUGCACUUGAAGAAACUUUCAAAGUUCUUGAAAUGUUCCGUAUUGACUGACCAUGUCUUAAAGUAAUGAUGGACUGUCAUUUCUCUUUGCUUAUUUGAGCUGUUCUUGCCAUAAUAUGGACUUGGUCUUUUACCAAAUAGGGCUAUCUUCUGUAUACACCACUACCUUGUCACAACACAACUGAUUGGCUCAAACGCAUUAAGAAGGAAAUAAAUUCCUCAAAUUAACUUUUAACAAGGUACACCUGUUAAUUUAAAUGCAUUCCAGGUGACUACCUCAUGAGGCUGGUUGAGAGAAUGCCAAGAGUGUGCAAAGCCGUCAUCAAGGCAAAGGGUGGUUAUUUGAAGAAUCUCAAAUAUAAAAUAUAUCUUGAUUUGUUUAACACUUUUUUUGGUUACUACAUGAUUCCAUAUGUGUUAUUUCAUAGUUGUGAUGUCUUCACUAUUAUUCUACAAUGUAGAAAAUAGUAAAAAUAAAGAAAAACCCUGGAAUGAGUAGGUGUGUCCAAACCGUUGACUGGUAUAUCUAGUAGUGAACACUCUUCAAUUACUCCACCAGUUUACAGGAAUAACUGUCAGGAAAUGAAAACUUAUCACACCAGGUUUACAAGAGGGAAAAAAGUAUUUGAUCCCCUGCUGAUUUUGUACGUUUGCCCACUGACAAAGACAUGAUCAGUCUAUAAGUUUAAUGGUAGGUUUAUUUGAACAGUAAGAGACAGAAUAACAACAAAAAAAUCCAGAAAAACGCAUGUCAAAAAUGUUAUAAAUUGAUUUGCAUUUUAAUGAGGGAAAUAAGUAUUUGACCCCUCUGCAAAACAUGACUUAGUACUUGGUGGCAAAACCCUUGUUGGCAAUCACAGAGGUCAGACGUUUCUUGUAGUUGGCCACCAGGUUUGCACACAUCUCAGGAGGGAUUUGUUCCACUCCUCUUUGCAGAUCUUUCCAAGUCAUUAAGGUUUCGAGGCUGACUGUCACGGUCGUCGUUAAUAGAGGAAGCGGACCAAAGCGCAGCGUGUCCAAGAAACAUGACUUUAUUGAAAUAACGUAACCAAACAAAAGACGACUCAAUGAAGUCCAACAGUAACACUGCCUGAAAAGGAACAAAAACCCACAAACCAAGGAGAAACCACACAGUUUAAAUAUGGCUCCCAAUCAGAGAUAACGAGCCGACAGCUGACACUCGUUACCUCCGAUUGGGAGUCAUAUGACUAAUCAAGAACAAUCACCAAACAUAGAAAUGAACAACUAGAAUACCCAACAUAGAAAUACACCCAAACAAUGAAAAUGAACAACCCUGGCUCAAUAAACAAAGUCCAUGGAGCCAGAGUGUCACACUGACGUUUGGCAACUCAAACCUUCAGCUCCCUCCACAGAUUUUCUAUGGGAUUAAGGUCUGGAGACUGGCUAGGCCACUCCAGGACCUUAAUGUGCUUCUUCUUGAGCCACUCCUUUGUUGCCUUGGCCGUGUGUUUUGGGUCAUUGUCAUGCUGGAAUACCCAUCCACGACCCAUUAUCAAUGCCCUGGCUGAGGGAAGGAGGUUCUCACCCAAGAUUUGAUGGUACAUGGCCCCAUCCAUCGUCCCUUUGAUGCGGUGAAGUUGUCCUGUCCCCUUAGCAGAAAAACACCCCCAAAGCAUAAUGUUUCCACCUCCAUGUUUGACGGUGGGGAUGGUGUUCUUGGGGUCAUAGGCAGCAUUCCUCCUCCUCCAAACACGGCGAGUUGAGUUGAUGCCAAAGAGCUCGAUUUUGGUCUCAUCUGACCACAACACUUUCACCCAGUUCUCCUCUGAAUCAUUCAGAUGUUCAUUGGCAAACUUCAGACGGCCCUGUAUAUGUGCUUUCUUGAGCAGGGGGAUCUUGCGGGCGCUGCAGGAUUUCAGUCCUUCACUGCGUAGUGUGUUACCAAUUGUUUUCUUGGUGACUAUGGUCCCAGCUGCCUUGAGAUCAUUGACAAGAUCCUCCCGUGUAGUUCUGGGCUGAUUCCUCACCGUUCUCAUGAUCAUUGCAACUCCACGAGGUGAGAUCUUGCAUGGAGCCCCAGGCCGAGGGAGAUUGACAGUUCUUUUGUGUUUCUUCCAUUUGCGAAUAAUCGCACCAACUGUUGUCACCUUCUCACCAAGCUGCUUGGCGAUGGUUUUGUAGCCCAUUCCAGCCUUGUGUAGGUCUACAAUCUUGUCCCUGACAUCCUUGGAGAGCUCUUUGGUCUUGGCCAUGGUGGAGAGUUUGGAAUCUGAUUGAUUGAUUGAUUGCUUCUGUGGACAGGUGUCUUUUAUACAGGUAACAAGCUGAGAUUAGGAGCACUCCCUUUAAGAGUGUGCUCCUAAUCUCAGCUCAUUACCUGUAUAAAAGACACAUGGGAGCCAGAAAUCUUUCUGAUUGAGAGGGGGUCAAAUACUUGUUUCCCUCAAUAAAAUGCAAAUCAAUUUAUAACAUUUUUGACAUGCAUUUUUUCCGGAUUUUGUUGUUGUUAUUCUGUCUCUCACUGUUCAAAUAAACCUACCAUUAAAACUAUAGACUGAUAAUUUCUUUGUCUGUGGGCAAACGUACAAAAUCAGCAGGGGAUCAAAUACUUUUUUCCCUCACUGUAUGUUUGAUUGAGUUCCCUUUCUGUUGAUCUAGACUGAUACAACUAGGGUUCUGCUCUAUACUCUUCUGGUAUGUUCAGGUCUUCACAGGUUCUGUUGUCAUCAGGGUUUGGGGUCAAUUCCAUUUAAAUUCCAGUCAAUUCAGGAAGUACAUUGAAAUUCCAAUUUUCUUCAGUGCUUUUCAAUGAGGAAAAUCUGGAAUUGGAAUUGGGUUCUUUCUGAAUUGAUUGGAAUUUAAAUAUAAUUGACCCAAACCCUGGUUUCAUUUGACCUCAGAUGUUGUUUUUGCUGCUGUUAUUGCUGACAUGCCAUAUGAGGACUGAAGUAGAUCAUAAUAUUACAUGCUGACAUGCCAUAUGAGGACUAAUGUAGAUCAUAAUAUUACAUGCUGACAUAACAUAUGAGGACUAAUGUAGAUCAUAAUAUUACAUGCUGACAUGCCAUAUGAGGACUAAUGUAGAUCAUAAUAUUACAUGCUGACAUGCCAUAUGAGGACUGAUGUAGAUCAUAAUAUUACAUGCUGACAUGCCAUAUGAGGACUAAUGUAGAUCAUAAUAUUACAUGCUGACAUGCCAUAUGAGGACUGAUGUAGAUCAUAAUAUUACAUGCUGACAUGCCAUAUGAGGACUGAUGUAGAUCAUAAUAUUACAUGCUGACAUGCCAUAUGAGGACUGGUGUAGAUCAUAAUAUUACAUGCUGACAUGCCAUAUGAGGACUGGUGUAGAUCAUAAUAUUACAUGCUGACAUGCCAUAUGAGGACUAAUGUAGAUCAUGUUAUGACAUCAAACUGAGGCUGUAUUGAAAGGCUGUUAGGUUACGGUAAUAUAAUAUUAUCACAGUUAAUAAAAACAUCUACAAAGUCUAUUUCAUUUUCUAGUCAACAGGAAUACUAUAUAUACUGCUCUAACAGGAAUACUAUAUAAACUGCUCUAACAGGAAUACUAUAUAUACUGCUCUAACAGGAAUACUAUAUAUAUACUGCUCUAACAGGAAUACUAUAUAAACUUCUCUAACAGGAAUACUAUAUAUACUGCUCUAACAGGAAUACUAUAUAUACUCCUCUAACAGGAAUACUAUAUAUACUGCUCUAACAGGAAUACUAUAUAUACUGCUCUAACAGGAAUACUAUAUAUACUGCUCUAACAGGAAUACUAUAUAUACUGCACUAACAGGAAUACUAUAUAUACUGCUCUAACAGGAAUACUAUAUAUACUGCUCUAACAGGAAUACUAUAUAUACUGCUCUAACAGGAAUACUAUAUAUACUGCUCUAACGGAAUACUAUAUAUACUGCUCUAACAGGAAUACUAUAUAUACUGCUCUAACAGGAAUACUAUAUAUACUGCUCUAACAGGAAUACUAUAUAUAUACUGCUCUAACAGGAAUACUAUAUAUACUGCUCUAACAGGAAUACUAUAUAUACUGCUCUAACAGGAAUACUAUAUAUACUGCUCUAACAGGAAUACUAUAUAUACUGCUCUAACAGGAAUACUAUAUAUACUGCUCUAACAGGAAUACUAUAUAUACUGCUCUAACAGGAAUACUAUAUAUAUACUGCUCUAACAGGAAUACUAUAUAUACUGCUCUAACAGGAAUACUAUAUAUACUGCUCUAACAGGAAUACUAUAUAUACUGCUCUAACAGGAAUACUAUAUAUACUGCUCUAACAGGAAUACUAUAUAUACUGCUCUAACAGGAAUACUAUAUAUACUGCUCUAACAGGAAUACUAUAUAUACUGCUCUAACAGGAAUAAUAUAUAUACUGCUCUAACAGGAAUACUAUAUAUACUGCUCUAACAGGAAUACAUAUAUACUGCUCUAACAGGAAUACUAUAAUAUACUGCUCUAACAGGAAUACUAUAUAUACUGCUCUAACAGGAAUACUAUAUAUACUGCUCUAACAGGAAUACUAUAUAUACUGCUCUAACAGGAAUACUAUAUAUAUGCUCUAACAGGAAUACUAUAUAUACUGCUCUAACAGGAAUACUAUAUAUACUGCUCUAACCGGAAUACUAUAUAUACUGCUCUAACAGGAUACUAUAUAUACUGCUCUAACAGGAAUACUUAAUAUAACUGCUCCUAAAGGAAUAUUAUAUAUACUGCUCUAACAGGAAUACUAUAUAUACUGCUCUAACAGGAAUCUAUAUAUACUGCUCUACAGGAAUAACUAUAUAUACUGCUCUAACAGGAAUACUAUAUAUACUGCUCUAACAGGAAUACUAUAUAUACUCUCUAACAGGAAUACUUAUAUUACACCUGCUCUAACAGGAAUACUAUAUAUACUUGGCUCCAAACAGGAAUACUAUAUAGUACUGCUGCUAACAGGUAAUACUAUACUAUACUGUCUAAACAGGAAUACUAUAUACACUGCUCUACAGAUACUAUAUAUCUGCUCUAACAGAUACUAUUAUAUACUGCUCUAACAGGAAUACUAUAAUAUACUGCUCUAACAGAUACUAUAUAAUACUGCUCCAACAGGAAUACUAUAUAUACUGCUCUAACAGAAUACUAUAUUACUGCUCGAACAGGAGACUAUUAUGACCUCUACAGGAAUACUAUAUAUGACAGCUAUAGUAUGUGCGUCCCUACCAGACCGGUACACCUCUCCAUCCCUCUCCUCCUCCAGCCCUCUCUCUCUCCUCCCUCCUUCUCUCUCCUCAUUCCUCUCUCCUCCAUCCCUCUCUCCUCCAUCCCUCUCCUCCUCCAUCACCCUCUCUCCUCCAUCCCCCACUCUCCUCCCAUUCCUCGUCUCUCCUCAUUCCUCUCUCUCCCCAUCCCUCUCUCUCUCCAUCCCUAUCUCCUCCUCCCUCUCUCUUCCUCCAUCCCCCUCUCUCCUCCAUCCUCCGACAAGCCACCCGCUCGAGCUCCAUCAACAUGGGCACGCAUCAGCGCUCGCGCCCAGCCACAGCUCCUCAGCUCCUCGCGAUCCACACAUCCGCCCGUCCUCGCACCCGCCUCUCCCAUCCGCCCCGCCAGCCCGCCCCCUCCAGUCCUCCAUCACCUCUACUCUCGCUCCAUCCGUUCAGCUCCCCACCACUCUCCUCCAUCCAUCCUUCCUCAUCCCUCUUCCAUCUAUCGCCUCCCCUCGUCUCUCCAUCCUCCACUCUCUCCUCCAUCCCCUCUCAUCCAUCCCUUCUCAUCUCUCCAUCGCUUUUACGCAUGCAUCUUCUUCAGGGAUCCAGUCUCGAUCGCUCCAUCCCUUUCUUCCCAUCCACUUUCUCCAUCUCUCUCGAUUUUCAUGUCAUAUCUUCUAUAAGAGUAGGCAGGAAUCUUGUCUUCGUGACGGAUCCUAGCAGAGACCUACGCUUUUGUCUUUUCAACCACAUUUAUACAUACAAACAGAUCUUUUGUUAGAUAUGAAAAGAAUAAGUCCAUUUUGUGUUUGCAACCAUUUAUCCCUGGAUCUCAUUGGAUGUUUUUGCCGUUUGGCUUUUGGGAACUUCGAUUGUGGAUUGUAUAACGUCUGAAUCAACUUCGCUUCAGGCUUGGGCAGUGACUAUGUUCAACUGGUAAGGAACUCACUACACUAUCCCACUCUCCUCCACUCCUCCCUCCAUCCUCCACUCAUCCCUCUCUCCCUCCACCCUCCACUCAUCCCUCUCUCCCUCCACCCUCCACUCAUCCCUCUCUCCUCCACUCCAUCUCUGUCUCCUCCACUCCAUCUCUCUCUCCUCCACUCCAUCUCGCUCUCCUCCACCUCUCUCUUCUUCACUCCUCCCUCCCUCUGUCCGUCCCUCCCUCCCUCCCUCCAUCUCUCUCUCCUCCUGACUCCCUACUGUAGCUUUGAUCUCCUGGCUCUGGAAGAGUGGAGGGGAGGAGGUGGAGGGGGGGUAGGGGAGUGGAGGGGAGGAGGUGGAGGGGGAGUGGAGGGGGGGAGGUGGAGGGGGAGUGGAGUGGGGGAGGUGGAGUGGAGUGGAGGAGGUGGAGGGGGAGUGGAGGGGAGGGGGGAGAGUGGAGAGAGGGGGGGGAAGGGGGGGGAGGGGGGUGGGGGGGGUGGAGGGGGGGGGGGGGGGGGGGGGGUGGGGGGGGGGGGGGGGGGGGGGGGGGGGGGGGGGGGUGGGGGGGGGGGUGGGGGGGUGGGGGGCGGGGGGGGUGGAGGGGGAAGGGGGGGGGGAGGAGGGGGGGAGGGGUGGGAGGAGUGGGGGGAGGAGGAGGCCCGGUGGAGAAGUGGGGCAGAGAGCCUGGCCUGGGAGGAGUCGGAGGACAGGAGGGGAAAAGGGGGGAGGGCUAAGGAGAAGAGGAGAGGAAAGGGGAAGGGGAAAGGGAGUGGGAAAGGAGGAAAGGGGGAGGGGGGGGACAGGGGGAGGAGGGGGGGAAGGGGAGGAAGGAAGGGAGGGGGAUGGGAAGGACAAAGGGGGAAGAAAAAAAAGUGAAAACCAAAAAAAGGAAGGGGGGAGUAGAAACAAAAGGGGAAAAAUAAAGGGGGAAAAAGGAAGGGGAAAAGGGGAAAAGGAAAAAAAGGUAGGGGGAAAAACACCAGAAGAAAGAGGAAAAAAAAGGGGGGAAAAAAAUGGGCUUUUUUUAGGGAAAUGUGGGGAGGAGGAAGGGGAAACAAAGGGGGGGGGAAGGAAAGAGAAGGGGGGGGGUGGUUAAAAGAAGUACGGUAAAACAAUACCCUUGUGUCACUGUGAGGACAUACGGCUACUUCCUUUCCAUAUAUUUUCUGGUCAAAGGGUUUUCACUUAUAGAAAAAGGGUUGCAUAUAUAGGAAUAAGGGUUGCACUAUAAAAGGAAUAAGGGUUGCACAUAUGGAAUAAAGGGUUUUAUAUAUAGGAAAAAGGGUUGCCUAUAUGGAAAAAAGGGGUUUUCAAAUAUGGAAAAAAGGGUUGCACUAUAUGGAAAAAAGGGGGCACUUAAAAGGAAUAAAAAAGGGUUUCCCCAAUAGGAAAAAGGGUUGCACUAUAUAGGGAAAAAAGGGUGUAUUGGAAAAAUGCCAUUUGGGACUUGAGACAGGAGAAAAGCUGCUGUUUUGAAGGGAUUUAAAACCAAAGGCAGACAAACUGUUUAGAAGGAUUAAAACAACCAGGAGAAGACACUGCUGUUUGAAAAGGAUUAAAAAAACAAGGCAGACAGACAAAUGCUGUUAGAAGUAUUAAAACACAACAGGCAGACAGACACUGCUGUUAGAAGGGGAUUAAAAAAACACCAGGGAACGACCCCUGCUGUUAGAAGGAUUAAAACACCCAGGGAGACAACAAUGCUGUUUGAAGGUAUUAAAACACAACAGGCAGACAGAAAACUCUGUUUGAAGGUAUUAAAACACAAAGGCAAAAGACACUGGUUAGAAUAUUAAAACACACACAGGCGCAGACAUGUGUUAGAAUAUUAAAAAACAACAGGCAGACUACCUGCUGUUAGAAAAGGGAUUAAAAAACACACAGGGAACAGACACUGCUGUUUUUAAGAUUAAAACAACAAGGCAGACAGACCCCUGCUGUUAGAAGGUAUUAAAAACACAGGCAGACAGACAUGCUUUUGAGGUAUUAAAACAACACGGAGACAGACAUGCUGUUUAGAAGGGUUUAAAACACCACAGGCAGACAGACACUGCUGUUAGAAGGUAUUAAAACACACACAGGCAGACAGACACUGCUGUUAGAAGGUAUUAAAACACACACAGGCAGACGACACUGUGUAGAAGGAUUAAAACACACACGGCAACCCGACCUGCGUUUGAAGGGUAUUAAAAACCCACGGGAGAAGGGCACUGCUGUUGAAAGGGAUUUAAAACACACACAGGCAGACAGACACUGCUGUUAAAGGUAUUUAAAACACACAAGGAGACAGACAUGUGUUAGAAGUAUUAAAAAAACCCCAAGGGAGACAGACACUGCGUUUGAAGGGAUUUUUAAAAAAACCCCAGGCAGACGACAUGCUUUAAAGGUAUUAAAAAACACACGGCAGAAAAAGACACUGGUUGAAGGGAUUUAAAAAACCCAAAGGCAACAGACACUGCUGUUAAAGGUAUUAAAACACACACAGGGGAGACAGACACUGCGUAGAAGGAUUUUAAAAAAAAAACACACAGGGAGACAGGGCAGCUGUUUGAAGGUAUUUAAAAAACACACAGGCAACAGACCCGCUGUUGAAGGUAUUAAAACACACACAGGCAGACAGACCCUGCUGUUAGAAGGGAUUUAAAAAACCAGGCAGACAGACACUGCUUUGAAAGGUUAAAAACCAGGAGACAGAACUGUGUUAGAAAGGUAUAAAAAAAAAAAAAAAAACCAAAAAAAAAAAGGCGACAGACACUGCUGUUGAAAUAUUUAAAAAAAAACGGCAACAACACGUGUUAGAAAGGGAUUAAAAAAACACAGGCAGACGAACUGCGUUAGAAGGUAUUAAAACAACCCGGCAACAGGACACUGGUUAGAAGGUAUUAAAAAAACCAGGCGACAGACACUGGUUAGAAAGGGUUUAAAAAACCAGGCAGACAACACUGCUGUUAGAAGGUAUUAAAACACAAGGGAGACAAAUGCUUUUGAAGGGAUUAAAAAAAACAACAGGCAGACGACACUGCUGUUAGAAGGUAUUUAAAACACCAAGGCAGGAAAGACACUGCGUUGAAGGUAUUUAAAACACACAGGCAGACAGACACUGCUGUUGAAGGGAAUUUUUAAAAAACACAGGCAGACGCACUGCUGUUGAAGGGAUUUAAAAAACAAAAGGCAGACAACACUGCGAAAGGUAUUAAACACACAAGGGAGACCGACACUGCUGUUAGAAGGGAUUAAAACACACAGGAGACAGACCCUUGUUGAAGGAUUAAAAACACAGGCGCGACAUGUGAGAAGGUAUAAAAACACACAGGCAAAAGAACCCCUUUUUGAAGGUAUUAAAACACACAGGCAGACAGACACUGCUGUUAGAAGGUAUUAAAAACACAAAACAGAAGCAUGCUGUUAGAAGGUAUUAAAAACACAAGGGAGACAGACACUGCGUUUGAAGGUAUAAAAAAAACAGGCAGACAACCUGCGUUAGAAGGUAUUUUAAAAAACCCCAGGCAACGAAAAUGCUGUUAAAGGUAUUAAAAAACACACAGGCAGACAGAAACUGCUGUUUGAAGGGAUUAAAAAAACACGGCAGACAGACCUGCUGUUAGAAGGAUUAAAACACACAGGAAAACAGACACUGCUGUUAGAAAAGGGAUUAAAAACACAGGCAGACAGAAAACUGCUGUUUUGAAAGGGUUUAAAAAACACCCCGGCGACAGACACUGCUGUUAGAAGGGAUUAAAAAACAGGCAGACGGGCAUGCUGUUGAAGGUUUAAAAAACACAAGGCAGACGACCUGCUGUUGAAGGUAUAAAAAAACACACGGCAGACAGACACUGCUGUUAGAAGGGAUUAAAACACACAGGAGACAGCAUGCUGUUGAAAGGGAUUAAAAACACACACAGGCAGACAGAACUGCUGUUAGAAGGUAUUAAAAAAAAACACAGGGAACAGACACUUGUUAAAGUAUUAAAACACACCGGCAAAAGACACUGCUGUUUAGAAGGUAUUAAAAACACACACAGGAGACAGACCUGCUGUUAGAAAAGGGAUUAAAAACCCCCAAGGCAGACAGAACUGUGUUGAAAGGGUUUUUAAAAAAACCCCAGGGGGGAAAAAGACACUGCUGUUAGAAGGUAUAAAACACACAGGCAGACAGACACUGCUGUUAGAAGGUAUUAAAACACACACAGGCAGACAGACACUGCUGUUAGAAGGUAUUAAAACACACACAGGCAGACAGACACUGCUGUUAGAAGGUAUUAAACACCAGGCACAGACACUUUUUUUAAAGGGAUUAAAAAAAAAGGGAGACGACACUGCGGUUUUUGAAGGGAUUUUAAAAAAAAGGCAACAGAACUGUGUUAGAAAAAGGGAUUAAAAAAACCCCAGGAGACGACAUGUGUAGAAAGGGAUUAAAAACACAGGCGACAGAAUGCUGUUUGAAGGAUUAAAACAACAGGCAAAAAGACACUGCUGUUAGAAAGGGAUUUUAAAAACACAGGGAGAAACAUGCUGUUAGAAGGUAUUUAAAAAAAAAGGAGACAGACCUGCUGUUAGAAGGUAUUAAAAACACACAAGGGGGAGGGCAACACGCUGUUAGAAGUAUUAAAAAACACAAGGGGACAGACAUGCUGUUUGAAGGUAUUUUAAAACCACAGGAGCAACACUGUGUUAGAAGGGAUUAAAAAAAACACAGGCAAAAGACACUGCUGUUAAAGGUAUUUUAAAAACAAGGCAGACAGACACUCUGUUUUUGAAGGUUUAAACACACAGGCAGACAACUUUCUGUUAGAAGGUUUUAAAACACACGGCAGACAGACCUGCUGUUAGAAGGUUUAAAAAAAACCCCACAGGCAGAAGACAUGCUGUAGAAGGUUUUUUAAAACCACACAGGCAGACGACACUGCUGUUAAAAGGGAUUAAAACACACACAGGCAACAGACCCCCUGCUGUUAGAAGGUAUUAAAAAAACACGGAGACAGGGGACUGCUUUUAGAAGGUUUAAAAAAACAGGCAGACAACACUGCGUUAAAGGUUUAAAAACACACAGGCGACAGACCUGCGGGUUUAAAAAAAAAAGAAGGUUAAAAAUUUUUAAAAACCCACCACAGGGGCAGACACGCUGUUAGAAAGGGAUUAAAACAACCAAAAGGCAACAGCACUUGUUAGAAGGUAUUAAAACACAAAGGCAGACAAACUGCUGUUGAAGGUAUUAAAACACACCAGGCAGACAGACACUGCUGUUUUGAAGGUAUUAAAAAACCACAGGCAGAAGGGCACUGCGUUAGAAGGUAUUAAAAACACACAGAGACAGACACUGCUGUUAGAAGGUAUUUAAAACACCCCAGGCAGACAGCAUGCUUUAGAAAGGGAUUUAAAAAACACAAGGGAGAAGACAUGUGUUUUUGAAAAGGGAUUAAAAAAAACAACAGGCAGACAGACACUGCUGUUAGAAGGUAUUAAAACACAACACAGGCAGACAGACACUGCUGGUAGAAGGUAUUAAAACACACACAGGCAGACAGACACUGCGUUAGAAGGUAAAAACACACACAGCAGACAAUGCUGUUGGGGUAAAAAAAAAAAAAAGGUAUUAAAACACACACGGGAGCAGACACGCUGUAGAAGGGUUUUAAAAAAAACAACGGCAGACAGACAAAUGCUGUUAGAAAGGGAUUAAAAACAACAAGGCGAAAACACUGCCCUUUAGAAGGGUUAAAACACACACAGGCAACAGACACUGCGUUAGAAGGUAUUUAAAACACACACAGGCAGAAGAAAUGCUGUUAGAAGGGAUUAAAAACACAAAGGGAGCAGACACUGCGUUAGAAGGUAUUAAAACACCAAAAGCAGACCGACACUGCUGUUGAAGGUAUUAAAAAAAAAAAACAAAACCCCCCCCAAAAAAAAAACAACAGGCAGGGAAAAAAACCUGUGUUAGAAGGUAUUAAAACACACACAGGCGACAAAACGCUGUUAGAAGGUAUUAAAACACACACAGGCAGACAGACACUGCUGUUAGAAGGUAUUAAAACACACACAGGCAGACAGACACUGCUGUUAGAAGGUAUUAAAACACACACAGGCAGACAGACACUGCUGUUAGAAGGUAUUAAAACACACACAGGCAGACAGACACUGCUGUUAGAAGGUAUUAAAACACACACAGGCAGACAGACACUGCUGUUAGAAGGUAUUAAAACACACACAGGGGAGGGACACUGGUUAGAAGGUAUUAAAACACACACAGGAACGACAAUGGGUUGAAGGGUAUUUAAAAAACACACAGGGAACAACACUGCUGUUAGAAGGUAUUAAAAACACCCCAGCAGACAGACCGCUGUUGAAAGGUAUUAAACACCACAGGCAAAAAACAUGGUUUUUGAAGGUAUUAAAAAAACCCACAGGCAGGGCAGACACUCUUUAAAGUAAAUUAAAAAAACCCCAAGGGAGACAGACACUGCGUUGAAAGGGUUUUAAAAAACACCAGGGAGACAGACACUUGUUAGAAGGUUUAAAAAACACACAGGCAGCGCAUGCGUUAGAAGGUAUUAAAACCCCCAAGGCAGACAGACAAUGCUGUUAAAGGUAUUUAAAAAAACACAGGCAGACAGGGCAAGGUUUUUCCCCCCCCCCCCCCCCGGCGGGGCCUCCUUUUUUUUGAAGGUUUUUUAAAAAAAAAAAAACACACAAGGAGACAGACACGCUGUUAGAAGGUAUUAAAAACACACAGGCAGACAGACACUCGUUAGGAAAAUAUUUUAAAAAAACAACCCGGCGACAGGCCCUUUGAAGGUAUUAAAAAAACCACAGGCAGACAGACACUGCUGUUAGAAGGUAUUAAAAACACCCCCAGCAACAGACACUGCGUUAGAAGGUAUUAAAACACAAAACAGGCAGACAGGGCAUGCUGUUUUGAAGGUUUAAAACACACCAAAGGGAGACGACACUGUGUUUGAAGGUAUUUAAAAAAACCCCAAAGGGAGACAGGGGCACUGCUGUUGAAGGUAUUUAAAAAACCCAAAGGCAACAACAUGCUGUUUGAAAGGUAUUAAAACACACACGGAGACGACACUGCUGUUAGAAGGUAUUAAAAAAAAAAACACACAGGCAGACAGACAUGCUGUUUUUGAAGGAUUAAAACCCCCACAGGCAGACAACAUGCGUUAGAAGGGAUUAAAACACACACACGACAGACCUGCUUUAGAAGGUAUUAAAACACACCCAGGGCAGACAGACACGCUGUUUUGAAAGGUAUUAAAACCCAACAGGGGAACAGACCUGCUGGGUUUGAAGGUAUUAAAAAAACACAGGGAGAAGACACUGCGUUAAAGGUAUUAAAAACACACACAGGCAGACAGACAUGCUGUUAGAAGGAUUAAAACCAACCCAGGCAGACAGACACUGCUUUUAGAAGGUUUUUAAAAAACCCACAGGCAACAGACAGUUGUUAGAAGGUAUUAAAAAACACAGGCAGACGACUGGUUUUAGAAGGUAUUAAAACACACCAGGCAGACAACAAUGCUGUUUGAAGGUAUUAAAAACACACAGGGCCCCGACACGCUGUUAGAAGGUAUUAAAAAACAAAACCCGGCAGACAGACAGCUGUUAGAAGGUAAAAAAAACACCCACAGGAAGCCGACAUGCGUUUAAAAGGGAUUAAACACACACAGGCAGACGACAUGCUGUUGAAGGUAUUAAAAACACACAGGCAGACGACACUGCUGUUUGAAGGUAUUAAAACACACACAGGCGACGACAUGCUGUUAGAAGGUUUAAAACACACACAGGCAAAGACACUGCGUUAGAAGGUAUUUUAAAAAACACCACAGGGCGACGAAUGUGUUUUGAGGUUUUUUAAAACACCACAGGCAGACAGACACUGCUGUUUGAAGGUAUUAAAACACACCCGGCAACAGACACUGCUGUUAGGGAAGGUAUUUAAAAAAAACACAAGGCAGAAGACAUGCUGUUAGAAAGGGAUUAAAACCCAAAAAACAAACUGCUGUUAGAGGGAUAAAACACACACGGCAGACAGACAUGCUGUUUGAAGGUAUUAAAACACACACCAGACAGACACUGCUGUUUGAGGUAUUAAAACACAACAGGCAGACAAAACUGGUUUAAAAUUUAAAACACACACAGGCAGACAACCUGUGUUAGAAGGUAUUAAAACACCCACAGGCAGACAGCCACUGCUGUUGAAGGAUUAAAAACCCCACACGGCAGACAGACACUGCUGUUAGAAAAGGUAUUUUAAAAAACCCAAAAACAGGCAACAGACACUGCUGUUUAGAAGGUAUAAAACACACACAGGCAGACGACACUGCGUUAGAAGGAUUUAAAACACACAGGGAGACAACACUGCUGUUAGAAGGGAUUAAAAAAAACACAGGGAGACGGGGCAAUGCUGUUGAAGGGGAUUUAAAAAAAACCAACGGAGAAGACCCCCCCCACGGCUUUUUGGGGGGUGGGGGGGGAUUCACCCAAGGGAGAAAAAAACACUGGCUUUUUAGAAAAGGUAUUAAAAAACACAGAACCAUGUUAAAGAAAAAAUGGGGAACCCCGUUAAGAGGGAAAAAAGGAAUAAUGUGGGGGGGGGGAGGGGGGGAAAAAUAUUUUGGGGAGGGGGGGGAAAAAAACUAUAUUUGGGGGGGGAAGGGCUAAUAAACCCGGGGGGGGGGGGGCCCCUUUUUUUGGGGGGGGGAAACCCCUUUUCUUUAGGGGGAAGGGAUAUAUGUUGGGGGGGGGGAGAGGGGAAAGGACUAUAUUUGGGGGGGGGGUUUGUUGGGGGGGAGGGGGGCUUUGUUGGGGGGGGGGGGCCCAUAUGUGGGGAGGGGGGAAGAGGGAAAUAUAUUUUUGGGGGGGAGGAAAGGAUAUUGUUGGGGAGGGAGGGGAAAAGGAUUAUGUUGGGGGAGGGAAAGGGGGGAAAAAAAAAAAUAUAUUUGGGGGAGGGGAGAAAGAUAUAUGUUUUGGGGGGGGAGGAAGAGGACUAUAUGUUGGGGAGGGAGGAAGAGGACUAUAUGUUGGGGAGGGAGGAAGAGGACUAUAUGUUGGGGAGGGAGGAAGAGGACUAUAUGUUGGGGAGGGAGGAAGAGCACUAUAUGUUGGGGAGGGGUGCCUUUGAUUUGACACCUUUGGAGUCUAAAGUAAUGCACUUUAUAGGGCAGGGGUAUUCAACUCAUACCCAGAGGUCCAGGUUUUCUGUUCUACCAGAUCAUUUAAUUGCAUCCACCUGGUGUCCCAAAUCAGUCCCAGAUUAGAGGGGAAGAAUUAUAAAAAAUCAGUGGAACUGGCUUCAAGGUCCAGAUUAGAAUUUGAGGGAUAUAAAGAAUGAGGUGCCAUUUGGGACAGCAUCCCCUGGGUUGACUGUAUAAAAUGUGCUAAAUGCUCUGCAGUUGUGCAUUUGGUUUGCUAAUUUAGUAGCUAGCUACUUCAAAAAUCAAUCUUCGCUUGGUAACAGCAGAGAAUCCCCUCCUGGAUCAAGAGCCUUGCUGUCAAAAAUGUGUUUUGUGCGUGCAGGAAACUGUGUAGCAUUUUGUAGUUACUUGUAUGUCGGGGAGCCGUGAGAGUUAUUUAAGAUACUCUUCAAAGACGUGGGGUUUCAGACGUUUUCGAAAGAUGGGCAGGGACUCCGCUGACCUGACUUUAGGGGGAAGCUUGUUCCACCACUGGGGUGCCAGGACAGGGAAGAGCUUGGACUAGGCUGGACAGAGAAGAGAUUGGACUGGGCAGGACAGAGAAGAGAUUGGACUGGGCAGGACAGAGAAGAGAUUGGACUGGGCAGGACAGAGAAGAGCUUGGACUGGGCUGAGUGGGAGCUGCUCUCCCAUUGGGGUGCCAGGACAGAGAAGAGGUUGGACUGGGCAGGACAGAGAAGAGAUUGGACUGGGCAGGACAGAGAAGAGGUUGGACUGGGCUGAGGGGGAGCUGCCCUCCCAUUGGGGUGCCAGGACAGAGAAGAGGUUGGACUGGGCUGAGCGGGAGCUGCCCUCCCAUUGGGGUGCCAGGACAGAGAAGAGCUUGGACUGGGCUGAGGGGGAGGGGUGGGAGGGUGUCACGCCCUGACUCAGAGGACGCUUAUAUGUUGAGUCAGGGUGUGUAUAGUCCUUGUUGUGAUUUUCUAUGUUGUAUUUUCUAUGUUUAGAUCUAGUAGGUAUAGAUCUAUGUUGGCCGGUGUGGUUCCCAAUCAGAGGCAGCUGUCGCUCGUUGUCUCUGAUUGGGGACCAUACUUAGGCAGCCUAUUGGCACUAGUGGGUUGUGGGAUCUUGUUCCGUGUGAGGUAUGUUGUUUGUGUCUACCUUGGACUUCACGUUUCGUUUAGUUUGUUGUUUUGUCGUUGUGUUUAUUCGGUUCAAAUAAACAUGUAUGCAAAUCACGCUGCGCCUUGGUCUGACCCGUCUAUGAACGAACGUGACAGAGGGCCAAGAGAUCAGAGGUGGCGUAACGGAGUGCUCGUAUUGGGAUGUUGGGUUUGAGCAUAGCCUGAAGGUAAGGAGGGGCAGUUCCCCUUGCUGCUCCAUAGGCAAGAACCGGGGCCUUGAAGAUGAUGCGAUCUUUGAUUGAAAGCCAGUGGAGUGUGCGGAGGAGUGGGGUGACUUAGGAAGGUUGAACAUCAGGCGGGCUGCAGCAUUCUGGACAAGUUGGAGGGGUUGUAUGGGACAAGUGGGGAGCCCAGCCAACAGAGAGUUGGAGUAGUCUAGACGGGAGAUGACAAGUGCCUGGAUUAGGACCUGCAUCGCUUCCUGUGUGAGGAAAGGUUGUACUCUACGGCUAUUGUAGAGCAUGAACCUGCAGGAGCGAAUCACUGCUUUGACGUUUGCAAAUAACGACAAGGUUCUUUACACUCUGGGAGGAGGACAAUCGUGAUGGCGAGAUAAUGGAGCGGGCAGUCCUUCCCCGGGAGGAAGAGCAGCUCCGUCUUGCCGAGGUUCAGCUUGAGGUGGUGAUCCGACAUCCACACUGAUAUGUCUGCCAGACAUGCAGAGAUGCGAUUCGCCACCUGGUUAUCAGAAGGGGGAAAGGAGAAAAUUAAUUGUGUGUCGUCUGCGUAGCAAUGAUAGGAGAGACCAUGUGAGGAUAUGACAGAGCCAAGUGACUUGGUGUAUAGAGAGAAUAGGAGAGGGCCUAUAACUGAGCCCUGGGGGACACAUGUGGUGAGAGCAUGUGGUGCGGAGACAGAUUCUCGCCAUGCCACCUGGUAGGAGCAACCUGUCAGGUAGGACGCAAUCCAAGAGUGAGCAGCGCCGGAGAUGCCCAACUCGGAGAGGGUGGAGAGGAGGAUCUGAUGGUUCACAGUAUCAAAGGCAGCGGAUAGGUCUAGAAAGAUAAGAGGAGAGAGAGCUUUAGCAGUGCGGAAAGCCGUGACACAGAGAAGAGCAGUCUCAGUUGAAUGACCAGUCUUGAAACCUGACUGGUUUGGAUCAAGAAGGUCAUUCUGAGAGAGAUAGCAGGAGAGUUGGCUAGAGACGGCACGCUCAAGAGUUUUGGAGAGAAAAGAAAGAAGGGAUACUGAUCUGUAGUUGUUGACAUCGGAGGGAUCGAGUAUAGGUUUUUUGAGGAGGGGUGCAACUCUCGCUCUCUUGAAGACGGAAGGGACAUGGCCAGCGGUCAAGGAUGAGUUGAUGAGCGAGGUGAGGUAUCCACAGAGAGGGAGGAGGGAGGGGGAGGAGGAGGAGGAUUCAGCAGGGAGGAGAAGGUGGCAAAGAGCUUCCUAGGGUUAGAGGCAGAGGCUUGAAAUUUAGAGUGGUAGAAAGUGGCUUUAGCAGCGGAAACAGAGGAAGAGAAUGUAGAGAGGAGGGAGUGAAAAUAUGACAGGUCCGCAGGGAGUCUAGUUUUCCUCCAUUUCCGCUCGGCUGCCCGGAGCCCUCUUCUGUGAGCUCGCAAUGAGUCGUCAAGCCACGGAGCAGGAGGGGAGGACCGAGCCGGCCGGGAGGGGACAUAGAGAGUCAAAAGAUGCAGAAAGGAAGGAGAGGAGGGUAGAGGAGGCAGAAUCAGGAGAUCGGAGGGAGAAGGAUUAAGCAGAGGGAAGAGAUGAUAGGAUGGAAGAGGAGAGAGUAGCGGGAGAGAGAGAGCGAAGGUUGCGACGGCACAUUACCAUCUGAGUAGGGGCAGAGUGAGUAGUGUUGGAGGAGAGCGAGAGAGAAAAGAAUACAAAGUAGUGGUCGGAGACUUGGAGGGGAGUUGUAGUGAGAUUAGUAGAAGAACAGCAUCUAGUAAAGAUGAGGUCAAGCGUAUGUGAGUAGGGGGAGACGGUGAGAGGGUGAGGUCAAAAGAGGAGAGGAGUGGAAAGAAGGAGGCAGAGAGAAAUGAGUCAAAGGCAGACCUAGGGAGGUUAAAGUCACCCAGAACUGUGAGGGGUGAGCCAUCCUCAGGAAAGGAACUUAUCAAGGCGUCAAGCUCAUUGAUGAACUCUCCAAGGGAACCUGGAGGGCGAUGUGUGGAUAAUCCUUUCUACCUCAGCUUUUUUUGAAAGAUAUCAUGAAGAACUGAAAAAGUGUUGCUACUGCUCUCAACAUUGCUGCCCUGAUGUUAACAGGCGCUAUCAACAAAGAAAAGUGGGAAAAAGUUGUGAUGGACUACUUUCUGGAGGACGGUCAUGCCAUGCUGACUCUCUCUGACUCUGAAAAUGAACCAGACAAUGAGGAAAUCCCAGAUUUAGGUUUAAAAAAAAUCUUUGAACCAGACAUUGUAGAGUCUUCUGAUGACAGUGGUGGGGAAGAAAUGGUGAUUAACAGUGUCGUUGUCACGUAAGAAGUUGACAGACUUUUGAAAUUAGUGGAAUGCCCGGUGGAAGCAGAGAGAUGAUUGCCAAACGCGGAGAGAGUUGAAAAGAGAACACACAGAAGGCUGUUGUAUAAAACACCUGUCUCUGUAUUACAUCUUCAAACUAAGGGCAACCAUGGCAUCUGUGACAGAGAGGGAGAAGUGUUCUUCCAUGUAUAUGGGUAAGAGUCUAGCUACAUUUUCAGAUAUGAUACGUUUCUAAUUUUGUCAGAAAGUUGUAUUCAUAGCAAGUUAAAGCGUACUGUUAGCUAGCUAGCUAAUGUUAGCUGGCUGACUCACUAGCUAAUGUUACGUGAAUGAUCUGUGUAGUAAUAUUAUGAAUAUCUCAGAAAGCCAUUUGUAUUGCUAGUUAUAGCAUAGCUUUAGCUAGCUAGCUAACAUUGAACCUAGUUGGUUAGCUUUAGCUACCUGCAGAUUCAUGCAUGGCAGUAUUGCCACAUUCAAAACAACUGGGAACUCGGAAAGAUACGAGGUCAAAUCAUGACGUCAGUGAUCUUCAGGUCGGAAAGUCAGAGCUCUAGAAACAAGCCAGAGUUCCCGAGUUGGAAUUCAGAGUUGUGUGACCGUUCAGAUAGAUUUCUCCCGGUCGGAGCUCGUUUUUAUCCUGAAUUCACAGUUGUUUUGAACGAGGCAUUAGAGUUGUUAUUUUGGUUCAUUGUUUAGCUAGCUAGCUAGCUACGUGUCUAAAUGAAAGACUCCACUGUGCAAGUCACCAUUUCACUCUACCGUUUACACCUCCUGUAUCCUGUGCAUGUGACAGAGACAGUAAUGUGAAGAACAACAUGACCUGCACCAAAGUCAGGUUAGGAUAUACAGUAGGCCAACGACUAGAUAAAGUGUUUGUACUACUUCCUGCUACUGCUUUCACCACUUUUAGCCUUCAAAUCUUUGGUUGUUUACUAAACUGUGAAACCUUAAAGACGUGGGUGGAGCUAAGGUUGAAGAGGGUGUGAACGAUGCUGAAUGGGUGUAGACAAAGAAGAGCUCUUCAGUAGGUGUACCAAAACAUUCAAGGGCCAUUUUCUCAAAAGUGGGGUUACAAGUUUAUCAACUUUCAAAGCAGAAUUACUUUCCCAUUGUUCCUCAACUGCAGUGUAUGACAUACCAUUUUCUAGCUCUGAGUCUUUACUUUUAUCCAAUGUAAAAAACACUAUUUGAAAUGUUGCAACAUAAGACCGAAUCGAGGUGGUCGGUCACAAAUAGGCCUGAAACUAAUCUAAGUCCAUAACGACAGUCAGAAGUACUGAGCAAUCAGACAGUUCAAACAGCAACGAUUAACUAGGCUACUACUUAAAUUAAACUGCCCUAGCAAGACAACAACUACUAUUGAAUCAACUGCCCUAGCAAGACAACAACUACUAUUGAAUCAACUGCCCUAGCUAGACAAUACCAACAACUACUAUUGAAUCACCUUCCCUACUAGACAAUACCUACAGCUACUUAUUGAAUUAAAAAAUAUACUUGCUGCUCUUGUAAGCAUUGACCCCCUUCCAAACUAUAAAUUACCUCUGCUGUUGUAUUGGGACAUGUCUGCCUGCCUGCCUGCCUGCCUGCCUGCCUGCCUGCCUGUCUGUCUGUCUGUCUGUCUGCCUGCCUGUCUGUCUGUCUGUCCUCCAUUAAAUGGUGUGUGUUUGUUCCUCCAUUAAAUGGUGUGUGUUUGUUCCUCAACAAUACCUGUCUGGGGUGCAUAGGCACAUAGCAUGAACAGAUGUCCACAUUAAGUAUCUUUAUGACUGUUUCAUGGCUGUGUCCCAAAUGCCAUCCAAUAGGGCACUACUUUAGACCAGAGAAUGGCACCCUAUUCCCUAUAUAGUGCACUACUUUAGACCAGAGAAUGGCACCCUAUUCCCUAUAUAGUGCACUACUUUAGACCAGAGAAUGGCACCCUAUUCCCUAUAUAGUGCACUACUUUAGACCAGAGAAUGGCACCCUAUUCCCUAUAUAGUGCACUACUUUAGACCAGAGAACGGCACCCUAUUCCCUAUAUAGUGCACUACUUUAGACCAGAGAACGGCACCCUAUUCCCUAUAUAGUGCACUACUUUAGACCAGAGAAUGGCACCCUAUUCUCUAUAUAGUGCACUACUUUAGACCAGAGAAUGGCACCCUAUUCCCUAUAUAGUGCAAUACUUUAGACCAGAGGAUGACACCCUAUUCCCUAUAUAGUGCACUACUUUAGACCAGAGAUUGGCACCCUAUUCCCUAUAUAGUGCACUACUUUAGACCAGAGAAUGACACCCUAUUCCCUAUAUAGUGCACUACUUUAGACCAGAGAAUGGCCCCCUAUUCCCUAUAUAGUGCACUACUUUAGACCAGAGGAUGACACCCUAUUCCCUAUAUAGUGCACUACUUUAGACCAGAGAAUGGCACCCUAUUCCCUAUAUAGUGCACUACUUUAGACCAGAGGAUGACACCCUAUUCCCUAUAUAGUGCACUACUUUAGACCAGAGAAUGGCACCCUAUUCCCUAUAUAGUGCACUACUUUAGACCAGAGGAUGACACCCUAUUCCCUAUAUAGUGCACUACUGUCACGAUCGUCUACCAAAGAGGAGGACCAAGGCGCAGCGUUGCAGGCAAACAUACUCUUUAAUAGAGACACGAUCAAAACAACCAAACGAAACGUGACAGCUCACGGUCUAAACUGAACAGACUUGAAACAAGAUCCCACAAACACAAAUGGGAAACAGACAGUUUAAAUAUGGCUCCCAAUCAGAGACAACCAACGACAGCUGACACUCGUUGCCUCUGAUUGGGAGCCACUCAGGCCAACAUAGAAAUACACAUACUAGAUAAACAAAUGAAAUGCACACCCUGGCUCAACAUACAAGUGUCCCCAGAGCCAGGGCGUGACAGUACCCCCCCCUAAAGGCGCGGACUCCGACCGCGCCCACCAAACACCACAGGGGAGGGACCGGGUGGGCACUCCGCUUAGGCGGCGGAUCCGGCUCCGGGCCUGAUCCCCGCUCCCUCUCCAACCCCCCAAAGUACCCCUGGUCCGGUCUGGCCCCGCUGGCCGGAGCUGGACUGCACACUGGUGGAGCGGAUUGCUCUAGCUCCGGCGUGAAGCAUCUGACCGGUGCCGGACCAGCCACCGGUGGAACAGGCACGGGCCGUGCCGGACUGACGACGCACACCACUGGCUUGGUGUGGGGAGCAGGAGCGGGCCGCGCCGGGCUGACGAAACGCACCACUGACUUGGUGCGGGGAGCAGGAGCGGGCCGGACCGGGCUGACGAAGCGCACCACUGACUUGGUGCGGGGAGCAGGAACGGGCCGUGCCGGGCUGACGAAGCGCACCACUGACUUGGUGCGGGGAGCAGGAACGGGCCGAGCUGGGCUGACGAAAACGCACCACUGACUUGGUGCGGGGAGCAGGAAUGGGCCGGACCGGGCUGACGACGCGCACCACUGACUUGGUGCGGGGAGCAGGAACGGGCCGCGCCGGGCUGACGAAACGCACCACUGACUUGGUGCGGGGAGCAGGAACGAGCCGCGCCGGGCUGACGAAACGCACCACUGACUUGGUGCGGGGAGCAGGAGCAGGCCGGACCGGGCUGACGAAGCGCACCACUGACUUGGUGCGGGGAGCAGGAACGGGCCGUGCCGGGCUGACGAAGCGCACCACUGACUUGGUGCGAGUGGCAGGAACAGGCCGGACCGUACUGGGAACACACACCACUGGCCCUACGUGGGGAUCAGGAACAGGCCGGACCGGACUGGCAACACACGCCAGUACCUCUCGCCGUGCCUCUACAUCCUCCUUCCCCCUGGUGACCAGUGACUCCCGUAACCUGGCGGCCUCCUGCUGCCCCGUCGUCCACGGCGUUAGCCCCCCCCUAAAAAAUGUAUGGGCUUGUCUCUCCCCCGUGCUCAUGGCCUCCAUCCCUCUUGCCAGACUCUCACUCAUCUCCUCCCAGGUCCAUCCUCUCUCCUCGUCACGCUGCUUGAUCCAGUCGAGGUGGGAUCUUCUGUCUCGAUCGUCUACCAAAGAGGAGGACCAAGGCGCAGCGUUGCAGGCAAACAUACUCUUUAAUAGAGACACGAUCAAAACAACCAAACGAAACGUGACAGCUCACGGUCUAAACUGAACAGACUUGAAACAAGAUCCCACAAACACAAAUGGGAAACAGACAGUUUAAAUAUGGCUCCCAAUCAGAGACAACCAACGACAGCUGACACUCGUUGCCUCUGAUUGGGAGCCACUCAGGCCAACAUAGAAAUACACAUACUAGAUAAACAAAUGAAAUGCACACCCUGGCUCAACAUACAAGUGUCCCCAGAGCCAGGGCGUGACAACUACUUUAGACCAGAGAUUGGCACCCUAUUCCCUAUAUAGUGCACUACUUUAGACCAGAGAAUGACACCCUAUUCCCUAUAUAGUGCACUACUUUAGACCAGAGAAUGGCACCCUAUUCCCUAUAUAGUGCACUACUUUAGACCAGAGGAUGACACCCUAUUCCCUAUAUAGUGCACUACUUUAGACCAGAGAUUGGCACCCUAUUCCCUAUAUAGUGCACUACUUUAGACCAGAGAAUGACACCCUAUUCCCUAUAUAGUGCACUGCUUUAGACCAGAGGAUGACACCCUAUUCCCUAUAUAGUGCACUACUUUAGACCAGAGAAUGGCACCCUAUUCCCUAUAUAGUGCACUACUUUAGACCAGAGAAUGACACCCUAUUCCCUAUAUAGUGCACUACUUUAGACCAGAGGAUGACACCCUAUUCCCUAUAUCGUGCACUACUUUUCAUGAGGGCUCAUAGGGCUAAUUUAUUAACUGGUAUUUAUUAAGAAGAAUACAAAUAACCUCAACGCCACAACCUCAACACCACAACCUCAACACCACAACCUCAACACCACAAUUUCAACAAAUAAACCACUACAACAGUGGCGGUCAGUGCCGUUUAAGACGGGGAGGGCAAUUUUCUUUUUAAGAGCAUGGCCUUAUUUCUAUUACAGCAUGUUGGAUGACUGUCAUUCAUAUUCCAUUCACCCAGUUCAAUGUAACAUCGAUAGGUUUAGGCCACUACAUGAUACUCUAAUGUUCCCUGUACCCAUCAUGAGGUUGCUACAACCUACCCUAUGAAUGAAAACGUACAACGUAGGCGCACACAGCUUGACACAUGGACAGACAGUGACAUUCAAUACCGCCUUGCACACUCUUGCCUGCAUCUAGCUGAUAGUGGGGUGUAAUCAUUAGUCCAACAGUUGUAAACAAGAGUUUCUAUUGGACAAAUGCAGGUACUGUAUGUUUAUCCCCGUUUCAUUCCGUUUGCUUCCGUUUAAGACAUUUUUUUCAACAGAAUCGGCUAAAUGAAUACACCCCUGAUCACACUCAAACAGUUCACUUUCAUAGCCACGUACAAACAGCUCAUUCUAUUGCUCCUAGCCUCUAUGUGCUCUCCUCCGCUCACCUUUUCCCUUCGCUUGUGGACUUCAACACAUCAGCUGUCUGUGACCAGGCGAAAAAACCUUUCCAAGCCAAAGCUUCAUAUCAUAACCGGAGCUAGCUCACCAUAUUAGCUACAGUAACGUCAUAGUCAACAUAGCUAAUAGAACUAACGCGUUAGUAAACCCGCUACAAUCAUGCAGUAACUUUACAGUGGACAGUCAGCAGUUUAGUGGUUAAACCGGCGGGCCCCGGUGGCAAUAAAUUAGUAAAACCAAAAGCUUACCUUGACUUGGAAGAGGUCCAAUGUUGUGUUGGAUAGUCAUAGCCAGCUAGCUAACAUAGCAUCCCUCUGUUUGAGCCGGGUGUUUCAGUAGGCUAAACUAGCUAGCUGUAUUUGCUAGCUAAGUAAGGGAAACUGAAAGUGAAAAGAAAUUAAGAUCUCUCUCUAUUUCUCUCUUGCUUCUCCUUCAUUUUGGAAGAAAUGUAUUUGUGUAAAACUGUUCAACUAUUGUCUUUCUCGCUCUUUGAGUCAACUACUCACCAUAUUUUAUACACUGCAGUGCUAGCUAGCUGUAGCUUGUGCUUUCAGUACUAGAGUAAUUUUCUGAUCUUUUGAUUGGGUGGACAACAUGCUGCAAGAGCUCUGAUAGGUUGGAGGACGUCCUCCGGAAGUUGUCAUAAUUACUGUGUAAGUCUAUGGAAGGGGGUGAGAACCAUGAGCCUCCUUGGUUUUGUAUUGAAGUCAAUGUACCCAGAGGAGGACGGAAGCUAGCUGUCCUCCGGCUACACCAUGGUGCUACCCUACAGAGUGCUGUUGUGGCUACUGUAGACCUUCUUUGCAAAAUAGUGUGUUUUAAUCAAUUAUUUGGUGACGUGAUUAUAUUAAGUGUAGCUUUAUCUAAAAAUGACAACUUUUUAAAUGUUUUACAAUUUCUAUUGUUAUGAAAUUCACUGAGGAGGAUGGUCCUCCCCUUCCUCCCCUGAGGAGCCUCCACUGCACUACAAUCAAUUGAAACAACAAAUUCAUUCAACACCAGAGUCCUAAUCUGCCGUAGCAGCAUCAGGGAAUCAAGAUACAAGGAAUUUUGUAGGUUAUUCCAACAAUAGGGGGCACUAAAACUGAAGGAGAAUUUACCUAAAUUUGACGAGACCAUAGGGACCUCAAGUUUGUCAACAAGAAAUUUGUGAAGUGGUUGAAAAAUGAGUUUUAAUGACUCUAAUCUAAGUGUAUGUAAACUUCCGACUUCAACUGUACACUUAGGUUGGCGUCAUUAAAAGUCAUUUUUCAACCACUCCACAAAUGUCUUGUUAACAAACUAUAGUUUUGGCAAGUCGGUUAGGACAUCUUCUUUGUGCAUGACACAAGUAAUUUUUCCAACAAUUUUUUACAGACAGAUUAUUUCACUUAUAAUUCACUGUAUCACAAUUCCAGUGGGUCAGACGUUUACAUACACUAAGUUGACUGUGCCUUUAAACAGCUUGGAAAAUUCCAGAAGCUUCUGAUAGGCUAAUUGAUAUCAUUUGAGUCAAUUGGAGGUGUACCUGUGGAUGUAUUUCAAGGCCUACCUUCAAACUCAGUGCCUCUUUGCUUGACAUUAUGGUAAAAUCAAAAGAAAUCAACCAAGACCUCAGAAGAAAAAUUGUAGACCUCCACAAGUCUGGUUCAUCCUUGGGAGCAAUUUCCAAACGCCUGAAGGUACCACAUUCAUCUGUACAAACAAUAGUACGCAAGUAUAAACACCAUGGGACCAUGCAGCCGUCAUACCGCUCAGGAAGGAAACGUGUUCUGUCUCCUAGAGAUGAACGUACUUUGGUGCGAAAAGUGCAAAUCAAUCCCAGAACAACGGCAAAGGACCUUGUGAAGAUGCUGGAGGAAACAGGUACAAAAGUAUCUAUAUCCACAGUAAAACGAGUCCUAUAUCGACAUAACCUGAAAGGCCACUCAGCAAGGAAGAAGCCACUGCUCCAAAACCGCCAUAAAAAAGCCAGACUAUGGUUUGCAACUGCACAUGGGGACAAAGAUCAUACUUUUUGGAGAAAUGUCCUCUGGUCUGAUGAAACAAAAAUAUAACUUUUUGGCCAUAAUGACCAUCGUUAUGUUUGGAGGAAAAAGGGGAACGCUUGCAAGCCGAAGAACACCAUCCCAACCGUGAAGCACGGGGGUUCAGCAGUCUUAUGGCUUGGGGGUAGGGGGACCAGCUCUUCCUAGAUUGUGUCGAGGCACAGAUCUGGGGAAGGGCACCAAAACAUUUCUGCAGCAUUGAAGGUCCCCAAGAACACAGUGGCCUCCAUCAUUCUUAAAUUGAAGAAGUUUGGAUCCACCAAGACUCUUCCUAGAGCUGGCCACCCGGCCAAACUGAGCAAUCAGGGGAGAAGGGCCUUUGUCAGGGAGGUGACCAAGAACCCGAUGGUCACUCUGACAGAGCUCCAGAGUUCAUCUGAGUUCCUCUGUUCCUCUUCCAGAAGGACAACCAUCUCUGCAGCACUCCACCAAUCAGGCCUUUAUGGUAGAGUGGCCAGACGGAAGCCAGUCCUCAGUAAAAGGCACAUGACAGCCCGCUUAGAGUUUGCCAAAAGACACCUAAAGGACUCUCAGACCAUGAGAAAUAAGAUUCUCUGGUCUGAUGAAACCAAGAUUGAACUCUUUGGCCUAAAUGCCAAGGUGAAGCAUGGUGGUGGCAGCAUCAUGCUGUGGGGAUGUCUUUCAGCGGCAGGGAAUGGGAGACUAGUCAGGGUCGAGGGAACGAUGAACGGAGCAAAGUACAGAGAAAUCCUUGAUGAAAACCUGCUCCAGAGCGCUCAGGACCUCAGACUGGGGUGAAGGUUCACCAUCCAACAGGACAACGACCCUAAGCACAUAGCCAAGACAAUGCAGGAGAGGCUUCGGGACAAGUCUCUGAAUGUCCUUGAGUGGCCCAGCCAGAGCCCGGACUUGAACCCAAUCUAACAUCUCUGGAGAGACCUGAAAAUAGCUGUGCAGCGACGCUCCCCAUCCAACCUGACAGAGCUUGAGAGGAUCUGCAGAGAAGAAUGGGAGAAACUCCCCAAAUACAAGCUUGUAGCAUCAUACCCAAGAAGACUCAAGGCUGUAAUCACUGCCAAAGGCUUAUUAAGGAAGUAUAGAACUCUUACAUGUAUAAUACUACAGAAAACCUUCCCCAGGUUACUGUUCACACAAAUGUCUCUGUAAUUGUUAGGGUCAAAUUUGUCUCCGUUCAUAAAAAUUGGGGUUAUGAGUCCUUGAUUCCAGAUGUCAGAGAAAUAACCUACACUCGGUAUCAAAUUAAACAGUUGUAAUUUAAUUCCAAUUGAAAUUUUGCACUAGUGAAUUUGAGCAUCUCAUUUAGGAUGCCAUCAGGUCAGCAUGCUUUAAAAAAUAUGAGUGCCUGAAGUUUCUUAUAAAGCUCUGGUCAGUAAUUUGGGAAUCCAAUGGAUUUUGAUUGUCCUUUAUAGCUUUUUCUAAUCCAUUCAACUUCUCAUGAAGUUGACAUUGUUCUGCGUUUGUGUCAAGUAGAACGGUGUUGUAGUGUUUUAAAAUGGUUUGUCCAUAUGUCACAUUUUGUAUCGCUAAUUACUCUUGUUUUGAUUUUCUUUGAGGUUUUUCCAAUUUUGCCAGAAGUUGUUCCUCAAUCAGUGCCAGCUGCUUGCUGUUGUACUGUGCUUUGUUUUGGUUCUGAGUUUACGUUUAUAGAGUUUUACAGUCUCACAGUAAUGAAGGCGUAAUUCACCAUUAUUUGGGUCUCUGUGCUUUUGGUUUGAUAGUGUUCUAAGUAUUUUCAUUAUAAUUUUACAAUCUGCAUCAAACCAGUUGUCAUCUGGGGUCUUUUUAUUUUUUAAAUCCAUUUCUGUUGUGCUUCUUUUGCCGUUUGCCUGAAUAUAUAGUUGAUAUUUUUUACUGCUCGAUUGAUACCUUCUUUACUGUGAGUGGAUGUGGUAUACAGAAAGUUAUCUAAGAGUGUUUGGAUAUUUUGGUUACUGGUUGCUUUCUGGGUAUUCUUCUGUGCUGUUCCAUCUGUAUGAGUCUCUGAUGUUGUGCAGCUCACUGGGCUGUGAAUGUGUGGUUGUUUCCAUGUCUGCUCUUUUGAGGAACAACGUCAUUUGGCUGUGAUCAGACAGAGGUGUUAGUGGCUUAACGGUGAAUGAGCUGAGAGAGAAAGGGUCAACGUCUGUAAUCAUAUCGUCUAUUGUGCUGUGGCUAAGAGGUGAGCUGAAUCUACCCAGAGUCCCCCCCGUAACCUACCAUUGACAAAGUACAGACCCAGGCUUCGACAGAGCUGCAACAGAUCCCUUCCGCUUUUUGUUGAUGGUGCUGUCACUGUUGUUUCUUUGGGGGAGAUUAAGACAGUUAGAAACAGUAUGGCCUGUAAUAAAGCUGUCCCCUCGUGGUCGUUAGAUCAGGUAGUGUUCCUGUGAGCACAUUUCCCUGGGCCUGGAAAUGGCACGUCUUUUCCUCAAAUAUAUUGCGCAAAGGAACACAUUUUUCCAUCAGUACAAGUUCUUUUUUCAGUUUUAACCAAAUGUGAUAUUUACCAAUUUUGAGGGGAUCAAUUCGAUUUUGUAGUUAGGAAAUGAUCAAUCCUCUAGAGUUUCUGCCUCUUGACAGAGCUGUGUUUCUGUGACGGCACAAUUACGUGUCUGGGACAGUGACAGUAUGAUUACCUCUCUGUGGUGAGGCUCUCUCCUCAUGGUGACCUUUACCUCCUCAAGCUCUGUGGUGAGGCCCUCUCCUCAUGGUGACCUUUACCUCCUCAAGCUCUGUGGUGAGGCCCUCUCCUCAUGGUGACCUUUACCUCCUCAAGCUCUGUGGUGAGAAUCUCUCCUCAUGGUGACCUUUACCUCCUCAAGAGCUGUGGUAAGGCCCUCUCCUAAUGGUGACCUUUACCUCCUCAAGCUCUGUGGUGAGGCUCUCUCUCAGCUCCUGGACAGAGUUGUUCAGCUUUUCUGGAUUUUGAUAAUUAGCGAGUAUCGGCCUAAUUCUGCUCUACGUGCAUUAUUUGGUGUUUUACGCUGUACAUGGGUGCAGUCUCAAUUUGGUGUUUGUCCCAUUUUGGAAAUUCUUGGUUGGUGAGAGGACCCCAGACCUCACAGCCAUAAAAGUCAAUUGGUUCUAUAACUGAUUCAAGUAUUUUUAGCCAGAUCCUAAUUGGUAUGUCGAAUUUUAUGUUCCUUUUGAUGGCAUAGAAGGCCCUUCUUGCCUUGUCUCUCAGAUCGUUCACAGCUUUGUGGAAGUUACCUGUGGCACUGAUGUUUAGUCCGAGGUAUGUAUCAUUUUUUGUGUGCUCUAGGGCAACGGUGUCUAGAUAGAAUUUGUAUUUGUGGUCCAGAGUGCAAAGAACCUUGGCGUGACCCUGGACAACACCCUGUCGUUCUCCGCUAACAUCAAAGCGGUGACCCGAUCCUGCAGGUUCAUGCUCUACAACAUUCGCAGAGUACGACCCUGCCUUACACAGGAAGCGGCACAGGUCCUAAUCCAGGCACUUGUCAUCUCCCGUCUGGAUUACUGCAACUCGCUGUUGGCCGGGCUCCCUGCCUGUGCCAUUAAAACCCUUCAACUUAUCCAGAAUGCCGCAGCCCGUCUGGUGUUCAACCUUCCCAAGUUCUCUCAUGUCACCCCGCUCCUCCGCACACUCCACUGGCUUCCAGUUGAAGCUCGCAUCUACUACAAAACCAUGGUGCAUGCCUACGGAGCUGUGAGGGGAACGGCACCUCCUUACCUUCAGGCUCUGAUCAGACCCUACACCCAAACGAGGGCACUACGUUCAUCCACCUCUGGCCUGCUGGUCCCCCUACCUCUACGGAAGCACAGUUCCCGCUCAGCCCAGUCAAAGCUAUUCGCUGCUCUGGCACCCCAAUGGUGGAACAAGCUCCCUCACGACGCCAGGACAGCGGAGUCACUGACCAACAGUAAUCCUUCAACCCCCCCCCCCCCUAAAAAAAAGGGGGUGGUUGUCCCACUGGCUAUCCUAAGUUGAAUGCACCAAUUUGUAAGUCGCUCUGGAUAAGAGCGUCUGCUAAAUGACGUAAAUGUAAAUGUAAAUGGUCCUGGCAACUGGACCUUUUUUGGAACACCAUUAUUUUUGUCUUACUGAGAUUUACUGUCAGGGCCCAGGUCUGACAGAAUCUGUGCAGAAGACCUAGGUGCUGCUGUAGGCCCUCCUUGGCUGGUGACAGAAGCACCAGAUUAUCAGCAAACAGUAGACAUUUGACUUCAGAUUCUAGUAGGGUGAGGCCGGGUGCUGCAGACUGUUCUAGUGCCCAUGCCAAUUUGUUGAUAUAUAUGUUGAAUAGGGUGGGGCUUAAGCUGUAUCCCUGUCUCACCCCACGGCCCUGUGGAAAGAAAUGUGUGUGUUUUUUGCCAAUUUUAACCGCACACUUGUUGUUUAUGUACAUGGAUUUUAUAAUGUCGGAUGUUUUUCCCCCAACACCACUUUCCAUCAAUUUGUAUAGCAGACCCUCAUGCCAAAUUGAGUCAAAAUAUUUUUUUGAAAUCAGCAAAGCAUGAGAAGACUUUGCCUUUGUUUUGGUUUGUUUGUUUGUCAAUUAGGGUGUGCAGGGUGAAUACGUGGUCUGUCGUACGGUAAUUUGGUAGAAAGCCAAUUUGACAUUUGCUAAGUACAUUGUUUUCACUGAGGAAAUGUACGAGUCUGCUGUUAAAGAUCAUUCAGAGGAUUUUCCCAAGGUUGAUGUUGACGCAUAUUUUUAUGUAUAUAUAUAUAUAUUUUUACAUUUAGCAGACGCUCUUAUCCAGAGCCACUUACAGGAGCAAUUAGGGUUAAGUGCCUUGCUCAAGGGCACAUCGACAGAUUUUUCACCUAGUCGGCUCGGGGAUUAGAACCAGCAACCUUUCGGUUACUGGCACAACGCUCUUAACCACUAAGCUACCUGCCGCAUAUCCCACGGUAGUUAUUGGGGUCAAAUUUGUCUCCACUUUUGUGGAUUGGGGUGAUCAGUCCUUGGUUCCAAAUACUGGGGAAGAUGCCAGAGCUAAGGAUGAUGUUAAAGAGUUUAAGUAUAGCCAAUUGGAAUUUGUGGUCUGUAUAUUUUAUCAUUUCAUUGAGGAUACCAUCAACACCACAGGCCUUUUUGGGUUGGAGGGUUUGUAUUUUGUCUUGUAGUUCAUUCAAUGUAAUUGGAGAAUCCAGUGGGUUCUGGUAGUCUUUAAUAGUUGAUUCUAAGAUUUGUAUUUGAUCAUGUAUAUGUUUUUUCUGUUGUUUGUUAUAGGGCCAAAAAGAGAAGUGGUUUACCCACACAUCUCCAUUUUGGAUAUAUAACUCUUUGUGUUGUUGUUUGUUUAGUGUUUUCUAAUUUUCCCAGAAGUGGUUAGAGUCUAUGGAUUCUUCAAUUACAUUGAGCUGAUUCUGACAUGCUGUUCCUUAUUUUUCCGUAGUGUAUUUCUGUAUUGUUUUAGUGAUUCACCAUAGUGAAGGCAUAGGCUCAGGUUUUCUGGGUCUCUGUGUUUUUGGUUGGAUAGGUUUCUCAAAUUCUUUCUUAGGUUUUUGCAUUCUUCAUCAAACCAUUUGUCAUUGUUGUUAAUUUUCUUUGGUUUUCUGUUAGACAUUUUUAGAUUUCAUAGGGAAGCUGAGAGGUCAAAUAUACUGUUUAGGUUUUCUACUGACAAGUUUACACCUUCACUAUUACAGUGAAACGUUUUGUCCAGGAAGUUGUCUAAAAGGGAUUGAAUUUGUUGUUGCCUAAUUGUUUUUUGGUAGGUUUAUACACUACUUUCCUUCCAUCUAUAGCAUAUCUUAAUAUUAUUCAGUUUGAUGCCUCAUGAUCGAGUAUUGCUCUGUUCAAGUAGACCGUGAUUUCUAUUUCUCUCUCCUCUCCUCUCCUCUCCUCUCCUCUCCUCUCCUCUCCUCUCCUCUCCUCUCCUCUCCUCUCCUCUCCUCCCUCUCUCCUCUCCUCUCCUCUCAGUGAUGGAGCAGCAGCAGGGGGCGGGUUCUCCAGGGGGUGUGGUCUCAGGGGUGCGAACCCCUCCAAUCAGGAUGAACAGUAAACUGGCCAGUCUGGGACGGAUCUUUAAACCCUGGAAGUGGAGGAAAAAGAAGCAGCAGAACUCCUCAGGUGAGAGACAAAGAGGGACACUUGACCUUUAUCUAAAGCGACUGAGUGUGUGUGACAACAUCAGGGUGAACCUGCUGACUGAGUGUAGGUGACCCCAGCAGGGCGACCCCAGCAGGACGACCCCAGCAGGGCGACCCCAGCGGGCGACCCCAGCAGGGCGACCCCAGCAGGGCGACCCCAGCAGGGCGACCCCAGCAGGGCGACCCCAGCAGGGCGACCCCAGCAGGGCGACCCCAGCAGGACGACCCCAGCAGAACAUUGUUCUCUGUGUUUCAGCUGUAGAGCGGAAGGCAGCGGCACCACAGACCCAACUGGUUAGGACUGAGCCAGGUACACACACACACACACACACACACACAGACACACUACACACACACACACAUACACACACACACACACACACACACACACACAUACACACACACACACACACACACAGACACACACACCCCACAUACACACACACAAACACACACACACAGACACACACACACACAGACACACACAUAACACAGACACACACACACACAACCACACACACAACACACACACACAACCCCACACACACAAACACACACACACAGACCACAACACACACAUACACAACACACAUACACAACACACACAAAAGACACAACAGACAACAGACACAACACACACACACACACCACACACACAAAACAAAACACAAACACACACAACAACAACACAAACACCACCACACACAACACACACACAUACACACACAUACCACAAACACACACACAGACACACACAAGACACACAAACACACACAAAAACCAACUGUAAUAGUAAAAAAGUGAAUACUUUCAUAAUGAUAAACUUCUAUCCUGUGUGUGUCUUGUGUGUGUCUGUGUGUGUGUCUGUGUGUGUGUCUGUGUGUAUGUGUAUGUGUGUGUGUCUGUGUGUCUAGUGUAUGUGUGUGUGUAUGUGUGUGUGUGUCUGUGUGUCUGUGUAUGUGUUGUGUGUGUGUGUGUAUGUGUUUUGUGUUGUGUGUGUGUGUGUUGUGUGUUGUGUGUGUGUUGUGUGUGUGUGUGUGUGUGUGUCUGUGUGGUGUAUGUGUGUAUGGGGUGUGUGUGUGUGUAUGUGUGUGUUGUGUGUGUGUGUGUAUGUGUGUGUGUGUGUGUGUGGGGUGUAUGUGUGUGUGUAUGUGUGUAUGUGUGUGUGUGUGUGGGAUGUGUGUGUGGGUGUGUAUGUGUGUGUGUGUGUGUGUGUUGUGGUUUUGUGGUGUGUGUUGUGUAUGUGUGUGUGUGUCUGUGUGUGUGAUGUGUCGUGUGUGUGUGUGUGUGUGCUGGUGUGUUUGUGGUUGUGUGUGUGUGUGUAUGUGUGUGUGUGUGUGUGUGUUGUGGUGUUUUGUUGUAGUGUGUGUUUUUGUGUUGUUGUGUGUUGUGUUGUGUUUGUGUGUGUGUGUUGUGUGUUUUGGUUUUGUUGUGUGUGUUGUGUGUGUGUUGUGGUGUGGGUGUGUGUGUGUGUGUUGGUUGUCUUUUGUGUGUUUUGUGUGUGUGUGUGUGUGUGUGUGUGUGUGUGUUUUGUGUGUGUGUGUCUGUGUGUGUGUGGUGGUGUCUGUGGGGUUUGUGUGUGCCGUGUUGUGUGGUGUGUGUGUGUACCGGUGCUGCCAGUGUGUGCGUACCCGUAUGGUGUGUCUGUGUGGCUGUCCGUAUGGUGUCUGUGCUCGUUAUGUGUAUGUGUGUGUGGUGUAUGUGUGUAUGUGGGUUCGUACUAUGUGUGUAUGUGUGUGGGUGUUGGUGUAUGUGUGUGUGUGUAUGUGCUGGUAUCGUGGGAUGUGGGUGUCUGUGUGUCUGUGUGUGUGUGUCUGUGUGUGUGUGUGUAUGUGUCUGUGGGUGUGUCUGUGUGUCUGUGUUGUAUGUGUGUCUGUGGUGGUAUGUGUGUCUGUGUGUCUGUGUGUGUGUGUCUGUGUGUGUGUGUGUGUGUGUGUGUAGAGUGUUGUGAGGAGUGUGGGGGGAUAGAGGACCCUGACACUCCCAGCCAAUCAGAUGCAGAGGUGGAGGAGCCUCUGGCUCCCCUGGCAACCACCUCAGAGGACCUGGUCAGCGACGACGACAACCCCUCUACAGGUACGACCUCUGACCUCCGAACCCUGACCUCUGACCUCUUACCCCUCUACAGGUAGGACAACUGACCCCCAAAUGUUGAUUUAGGUCUGCUUUUCUGAGAGCCACCUCAGGGUGGCGACAGAGAUCAUGAAACUCUUGUGUCAUGUCAUGUGCGGCAUCUUAUAAAGGCACCGUGAAUGACUAAAACAGACAUUAGCCUGCUGAUUCAUUUAAGAUUUCUAAACUAAAGUAAAAAAUAACAAAAUCUGACAGAGGACUGUGUUGUUGAUGAUGAUAUUGUUUGUUUCAGUGGUGGACCUGACAGAGGACACUGUGACAGUAGCCGUCCCGGCCCAGAGGGAAGGAGAGAGGAGAGGAGGACAUGUCCCUCUCUGAGCCCUGUGAGGACAGCUCUCUGGUACAGGCUGAGACAGGAAGGGGACAGGAGACACCUCAUCCCAUGGUCUCCCCACCCUGCCGGGACGGCACCCCGCCACCCCCCAACCUGCCCAAACUACUGACCAGGCUGGGCAGUCUAGAGGGUGAGUCUCAAAUCAGCUCCUAGCAAGCCUCUGUUACUGGCCUGUUCGCCUGCCAGCUGACGCUAACAAGCCUCAUACUGCUAGCUUAAUACGGUCCAAGCUGUGGGUUAGUUUGAACAGAUCAUCACAGCAUCUUAUCCCUCUCCACCAGGCUAAUAUAUAUAUAUUUAUUUACAUUAUUAUUUACAUUAUUUACACCGACCCCUUGUUUUAUUCAUAUUUAUUCUUAUUUUUUGCACUGACUCUCUUGAACAGGCUCAAUGGACUCUAACCACACACACACACACACACACACACACACACACACACACACACACACACACACUACUCUCUGUUUAUUAUCUAUGCAUAGUUACUUUACACCUACCUACAGUGGGGAGAACAAGUAUUUGAUACACUGCCGAUUUUGCAGGUUUUCCUACUUACAAAAGCAUGUAGAGGUCUGUAAUUUUUAUCAUAGGUACACUUCAACUGUGAGAGACGGAAUCUAAAACAAAAAUCCAGAAAAUCACAUUGUAUGAUUUUUAAGUAAUUAAUUUGCAUUUUAUUGCAUGACAUGAGUAUUUGAUACAUCAGAAAAGCAGAACUUAAUAUUUGGUACAGAAACCUUUGUUUGCAAUUACAAAGAUCAUACGUUUCCUGUAGGUCUUGACCAGGUUUGCACACACUGCAGCAGGGAUUUUGGCCCACUCCUCCCUAUAGACCUUCUCCAGAUCCUUCAGGUUUCGGGGCUGUCGCUGGGCAAUACGGACUUUCAGCUCCCUCCAAAGAUUUUCAAUUGGGUUCAGGUCUGGAGACUGGCUAGGCCACUCCAGGACCUUGAGAUGCUUCUUACGGAGCCACUCCUUAGUUGCUCUGGCUGUGUGUUUCGGGUCGUUGUCAUGCUGGAAGACCCAGCCACGACCCAUCUUCAAUGCUCUUACUGAGGGAAGGAGGUUGUUGGCCAAGAUCUCGCGAUACAUGGCCCCAUCCAUCCUCCCCUCAAUACGGUGCAGUCGUCCUGUCUCCUUUGCAGAAAAGCAUCCCCAAAGAAUGAUGUUUCCACCUCCAUGCUUCACGGUUGGGAUGGUGUUCUUGGGGUUGUACUCAUCCUUAUUCUUCCUCCAAACACGGCGAGUGGUGUUUAGACCAAAAAGCUCUAUUUUUAUCUCAUCAGACCACAUGACCUUCUCCCAUUCCUCCUCUGGAUCAUCCAGAUGGUCAUUGGCAAACUUCAGACGGGCCUGGACAUGCGCUGGCUUGAGCAGGGGGACCUUGCGUGCGCUGCAGGAUUUUAAUCCAUGACGGCGUAGUGUGUUACUAAUGGUUUUCUUUGAGACUGUGGUCCCAGCUCCCUUCAGGUCAUUGACCAGGUCCUGCCGUGUAGUUCUGGGCUGAUCCCUCACCUUCCUCAUGAUCAUUGAUACCCCACGAGGUGAGAUCUUGCAUGGAGCCCCAGACCGAGGGUGAUUGACCGUCAUCUUGGACUUCUUCCAUUUUCUAAUAAUUGUGCCAACAGUUGUUGCCUUCUCACCAAGCUGCUUGCCUAUUGUCCUGUAGCCCAUCCCAGCCUUGUGCAGGUCUACAAUUUUAUCCCUGAUGUCCUUACACAGCUCUCUGGUCUUGGCCAUUGUGGAGAGGUUGGAGUCUGUUUGAUUGAGUGUGUGGACAGGUGUCUUUUAUACAGGUAACGUGUUCAAACAGGUGCAGUUAAUACAGGUAAUGAGUGGAGAACAGGAGGGCUUAUUAAAGAAAAACUAACAGGUCCGUGAGAGCUGGAAUUCUUACUGGUUGGUAGGUGAUCAAAUACUUAUGUCAUGCAAUAAAAUGCAAAUUAAUUACUUAAAAAUCAUACAAUGUGAUUUUCUGGAUUUUUGUUUUAGAUUCCGUCUCUCACAGUUGAAGUGUACCUAUGAUAAAAAUUACAGACCUCUACAUGCUUUGUAAGUAGGAAAACCGAAACAAAUCGCCAGUGUAUCAAAUACUUGUUCUCCCCACUGUCCAUGUACAUAUUACCUAAAUUACCUCGACUAACCCGUACCGCUGCUCAUUGACGCUCCCCCUUUAUGCAGCCUCGUUAUUGUUAUUUUAUUGUGUUGCUAUUUCCUUUAGUUUAUUUAGCAAAUGUUUCUUACUUACUUUUUUAAAAACUCUACAUUAAGGGCUCCUAUUCAGCACGUGACAAAUACAAUUUGAUUCGAUUUGAACAAAGUAACACAGUCUGAUAACAGGUCUAAUCCCAAUGAAGAGGUCUCCAACCACUCUACCCAGGACCAACAGAGUAACACUGUCUGAUAACAGGUCGUAUCCAAUGAAGAGGUCUCCAACCACUCUACCCAGGACCAACAGAGUAACACUGUCUGAUAACAGGUCGUAUCCCAUGAAGAGGUCUCCAACCACUCUACCCAGGACCAACAGAGUAACACUGUCUGAUAACAGGUCGUAUCCCAUGAAGAGGUCUCCAACCACUCUAUCCAGGACCAACAGAGUAACACUGUCUGAUAACAGGUCGUAUCCCAUGAAGAGGUCUCCAACCACUCUACCCAGGACCAACAGAGUAACACUGUCUGAUAACAGGUCGUAUCCCAUGAAGAGGUCUCCAACCACUCUAUCCAGGACCAACAGAGUAACACUGUCUGAUAACAGGUCGUAUCCCAUGAAGAGGUCUCCAACCACUCUACCCAGGAGCAACAGAGUAACACUGUCUGAUAACAGGUCGUAUCCCAUGAAGAGGUCUCCAACCACUCUACCCAGGACCAAACACUGUCUGAUAACAGGUCGUAUCCCAUGAAGAGGUCUCCAACCACUCUACCCAGGACCAACAGAGUAACACUGUCUGAUAACAGGUCGUAUCCCAUGAAGAGGUCUCCAACCACUCUACCCAGGACCAACAGAGUAACACUGUCUGAUAACAGGUCGUAUCCCAUGAAGAGGUCUCCAACCACUCUACCCAGGACCAACAGAGUAACACUGUCCUGAUAACAGGUCGUAUCCCAUGAAGAGGUCUCCAACCACUCUACCCAGGACCAACAGAGUAACACUGUCUGAUAACAGGUCGUAUCCCAUGAAGAGGUCUCCAACCACUCUACCCAGGACCAACAGAGUAACACUGUCUGAUAACAGGUCGUAUCCCAUGAAGAGGUCUCCAACCACUCUACCCAGGACCAACAGAGUAACACUGUCUGAUAACAGGUCGUAUCCCAUGAAGAGGUCUCCAACCACUCUACCCAGAACCAACAGAGUAACACUGUCUGAUAACAGGUCGUAUCCCAUGAAGAGGUCUCCAACCACUCUAUCCAGGACCAACAGAGUAACACUGUCUGAUAACAGGUCGUAUCCCAUGAAGAGGUCUCCAACCACUCUAUCCAGGACCAACAGAGUAACACUGUCUGAUAACAGGUCGUAUCCCAUGAAGAGGUCUCCAACCACUCUACCCAGGACCAACAGAGUAACACUGUCUGAUAACAGGUCGUAUCCCAUGAAGAGGUCUCCAACCACUCUACCCAGAACCAACAGAGUAACACCAACAUUAUAUUUGUAUUCUCUCCAGGUCCUCACCCUUUCCCUAAGUCGGGUGCUAACCUAGAGAGGAAGAAGUCUCCAGCCACUCUCCCCAGGACCUUCACUCUGCCCAGGACGUCCCAGGAUUCCUUGCUGAGAGGACGGAUGACCACGCCUACUGGCUCCCCCCACCUGGGGCUGCUGCACCCCCCACCGCCCCCCAGCUGCAUCAUAGAGGAGCUACACCGGGCCCUGGCCACCAAACACAGACAGGACAGGUAGGACACCAAUCAACCAAUUACCAAACACAGACAGGACAGGUAGGACACCAAUCAACCAAUUACCAAGCACAGACAGGACAGGUAGGACACCAAUCUAUCAAUUACCAAACACAGACAGCACAGGUAGGACACCAAUCAAUACCAAGCACAGACAGGACAGGUAGGACACCAAUCUACCAAUUACCAAGCACAGACAGCACAGGUAGGACACCAAUCAACCAAUUACCAAACACAGACAGCACAGGUAGGACACCAAUCUAUCUAUCAGUCGAUCACAUUAUUUUAGAAAGCCCUUUUUACAUCAGCAGUUGUCACAAAGUGCUUUACAGUUACCCAGCCUCAAACCCCAAAGAGCAAGCAAUGCAGAGGCAGAAGCACAGUGGCUAGGAAAAACUCCCCCAAUCAAUCAAUCAAUCAAUCAAUCAAUCAAUCAAUCAAUCAGUCCAAUCAAUCAAUCAAUCAAUCUCCCAAGCACAGACAGGACAGGUAGAUGGAUGGAAAGCAUGUUGUUGUGGGGUAAAGUGCCUUGCUCAAGGGCCCAACGGUAGGGGAUUGUUGUUAGGAUGUGAACCCAGCAGCCCUCCAGUUGCCAGAUCAAUCCCCCCUUUUAUUCGAAGGUGUAAGAGUUGGGGUGAGGUGCGACCCAGGUGCGGUGCAGGAUAUACAGUAGGCAGUAGACAGAGAUGGUGAAACAAGGAUCUUUACUGGUGGUCCCGAAGCCAAAAUACAAAAUAAUGGACUAAACACGAUAAAAGAAAGGCGGAGCAAAUAAAUCUCCAAAAACCAUCUGACAGCCAAAAUACGAAAUACUACCUAAGACUGAAACUGGGAGAACACUUCUCAAGUACUUGUGCAUAGGUCUCUGAGUAGUACUGCUGGACAUAGAGGAACUAGCAGAGGAAACUGAGCAAGGGAACACAGGGAAGUGAGGGCAUUAAUACACAGGUGAACCGGUAGACACAGGUGACACCAAUAGGAUGAUGAUAAGUCCCGACUGUGAGUGAGGAGGAGCCUAUGGUUGGAGAUCGGAGGAUCUCUAGUAGCUAACUGUGCCACUAGAUCCUGGUUCGAGUCCAGGCUCUGUCGCAGCCGGCCGCGACCGGGAGACCCAUGGGCGGCGCACAAUUGGUUCAGUGUCGUCCAAGGUAGGGGAGGGUUUGGCCGGCAGGGAUGUGGGUUCGUUUCCCACGGGGGGCCAGUAUAAAAAAAUAAAAUAAAAAAUUAACAUGUAUGCAUUCACUAACUGUAAGUCGCUCUGGAUAAGAGCGUCUGCUAAAUGACUAAAAUGUAAACGUAAAUGACACCUAGAGGGUCGCUCCGGAACUGCGACCCCCUCCUGUAACAGAAGGUAUCUAUGUGCUCUGUUGUCCUCCAGUUUCCAACCAAAGGAGAUACACUCUUCUCCGAAGCGUCGGUCCGACGGUCAUCUGUUGCAUACAGCCAGCGUGGAGAAAGCGCUGUCCGGAGGUCUGGAGAGAGAGAAGGAGAGAGAGAAGGAGAGAGAGAAGGAGAGAGAGAAGGAGUCAGAUGAGAACAAGGAGAACAGACGUCUAGACGACCCUGACUGCUGGAACGACUCCAUCAUCUCUGGUAGGUCACAUACACACACACACAGCUGUGAUGCUAUAGUGCAUAGUGUCCUCUCUGAGGACUCAUACGGUAUCUCUCCUCUCCUCCCCAGUCCUCUCCUCCCCAGUCCUCUCCUCUCCUCUCCUCUCCUCUCCUCUCCUCUCCUCUCCUCUCCUCUCCUCUCCUCUCCUCUCCUCUCCUCUCCUCUCCUCUCCUCUCCUCUCCUCUCCUCUCCUCUCCUCUCCUCUCCUCUCCUCUCACUCCUCUCCUCUAUAUACAAAAGUAUGUGGACACACCUUCAAAUUAGUGGAUUCGGCUAUCUCAGCGACACCCAUUACUGACAAGUGUAUAAAAUCGCGCACAAAGCCAUGCAAUCUCCAUAGACCAACAUUGGCAGUAGAGUGGCCUUACUGAAGAGCUCAGUGACUUUCAACGUGGCACCGUCCUAGGAUGCAACUUAUUAUUUUUUUCUUUUUUUCUUUGUCUUAAUUUUUUUCUUCUUCUUUAUAUAUAUUUCUUAGGGGGAUCAGCUUAAUAUUGCAGAUAGAUUGUAACUUCCAUCAAUGUAAUUGUCUGCAUCACUUCCAAUCCCCCAUACAUACAUACAGUGGGGAAAAAAAGUAUUUGUUACCUUACUGGUUACUAAGUAUCUGGGUUACCUUACUGGUUACUAGGUAUCUGGGUUACCUUACUGGUUACUAAGUAUCUGGGUUACCUUACUGGUUACUAGGUAUCUUGGUUACCUUACUGGUUACUAGGUAUCUGGGUUACCUUACUGGUUACUAGGUAUCUGGGUUACCUUACUGGUUACUAGGUAUCUGGGUUACCUUACUGGUUACUAGGUAUCUGGGUUACCUUACUGGUUACUAGGUAUCUGGGUUCCCUUCUGGUUAUAGUUAUCUGGGUUUACCUUACUGGUUACUAGGUAUCUCGGGUUACUUAGGGUUACUAGGUAUCUGGGUUACCUUUACUGGUUAAUAGGUAUUGGGUUACCUUAUGGGUACUAAAGUAUCGGGUACCUUACUGGUUACUAGGUAUCUUGGUUACCUUACUGGUUACUAGGUAUCUGGGUUACCUUAAUGGUUACUGGUAUCUGGUUACCCUACUGGUUACUAGGUAUCUGGGGUUUACCUUACUGGUUACUAGGAUCUGGGUUACCCUACUGGUUACUAGGUAUUUUGGUUACCUGUGGUUAACUAGGUAGCUGGACCUUACUGGUUACUAGGUAUUCUUGGUUACCUUAUGGUUACUAGGGAUCUGGGUACCUUAAUGGUUACUAGGUAUCUGGUUACAUUACUGCGUUACUACGUAUCUUGGUUUUACCUUACUGUGUUACUAAGGUAUCUGGGUUACCUUACUGGUUCACUAAGGUAUCUGGGUUUGGUUACCUUACUGCGUUACUAGGUAUCUGGUUACCUUACUGGUUACUAGGAUCUGGGUUACCUUACUGGUACUAGGGUAUCUGGGUUACCUUACUGGUUACUAGGUAUCUGGGUUACCUUACUGGUUACUAAGUAUCUGGGUUACCUUACUGGUUACUAGGUAUUGGGGUUACCUUACUGGUUACUAGGUAUCUGGGUUACCUUACUGGUUUACUAGGUAUCUGGGUUACCUACUGGUUACUAGGUAUCUGGGGUACCUUACUGGUUACUAGGUAUCUGGUUUACCUUACUGGUUACUAGGUAUAUGGGUUACCUUACUGGUUACUAGGUAUCUUGUUACCUUACUGGUUACAGGUAUCUGGUACCUACUGGUUACUAGGUAUCUGGGUUACCUACUGGUUACUAGGUAUCUGGGUUACCUUACUGGUUACUAGGUAUCUGGGUACCUACUGGUUACUAGGUAUCUGGGUUACCUUACUGGUUACUAGGUAUCUGGUUACCUUACUGGUUACUAGGUAUCUGGUUACCCUACUGGUUACUAGGUAUCUGGGUUUACCUUAUGGUUACGAGGUAUCUGGGUACCCUACUGGUUACUAGGUAUCUGGGUACCUUACUGGUUACUAGGUAUCUGGGUACCUUACUGGUUACUAGGAUCUGGGUUACCUUACGGUUACUAGGGUAGGUAUCUGGGUUACCUUACUGGUUACUAGGUAUCUGGGUUACCUUACUGGUUACAGGUCUUGGGUUACCUAUGGUUACUAGGUAUCUGGGUUACCUUACUGGUUACUAGGUAUCUUGGUUACCUUACUGGUUACUAGGUAUCUGGGUUACCCUUACUGGUUACUAGGUAUCUGGGUUACCUUACUGGUUACUAGGUAUCUGGGUUACCUUACUGGUUACUAGGUAUCUGGGUUACCUUACUGGUUACUAGGUAUCUGGGUUACCUUACUGGUUACUAGGUAUCUGGGUUACCCUACUGGUUACUAGGUAUCUGGGUUACCUUACUGGUUACUAGGUAUCUGGGUUACCCUUCUACAUGUUGGUAGCCUAAUAAUGUGUGUCUUUGGGCUGACAACCUGAUUUAUCUUGCCCCAGCCCAUGUGUGUGCCAUGUACAGUGGGGGAAAAAAGUAUUUAGUCAGCUACCAAUUGUGCAAGUUCUCCCACUUAAAAAGAUGAGAGAGGCCUGUAAUUUUCAUCAUAGGUACACGUCAACUAUGACAGACAAAUUGUGGAAAAAAAAUCCAGAAAAUCACAUGUAGGAUUUUUUAUGAAUUUAUUUGCAAAUUAUGGUGGAAAAUAAGUAUUUGGUCACCUAUAAACAAGCAAGAUUUCUGGCUCUCACAGACCUGUAACUUCUUCUUUUAGAGGCUCCUCUGUCCUCCACUCGUUACCUGUAUUAAUGGCACCUGUUUGAACUUGUUAUCAGUAUAAAAGACACCUGUCCACAACCUCAAACAGUCACACUCCAAACUCCACUAUGGCCAAGACCAAAGAGCUGUCAAAGGACACCAGAAACAAAAUUGUAGACCUGCACCAGGCUGGGAAGACUGAAUCUGCAAUAGGUAAGCAGCUUGGUUUGAAGAAAUCAAAUGUGGGAGCAAUUAUUAGGAAUGGAAGACAUACAAGACCACUGAUAAUCUCCCUCGAUCUGGGGCUCCACGCAAGAUCUCACCCCGUGGGGUCAAAAUGAUCACAAGAACGGUGAGCAAAAAUCCCAGAACCACACGGGGGGACCUAGUGAAUGACCUGCAGAGAGCUGGGACCAAAGUAACAAAGCCUACCAUCAGUAACAUACUACGCCGCCAGGGACUCAAAUCCUGCAGUGCCAGACGUGUCCCCCUGCUUAAGCCAGUACAUGUCCAGGCCCGUCUGAAGUUUGCUAGAGUGCAUUUGGAUGAUCCAGAAGAGGAUUGGGAGAAUGUCAUAUGGUCAGAUGAAACCAAAAUAGAACUUUUUGGUAAAAACUCAACUCGUCGUGUUUGGAGGACAAAGAAUGCUGAGUUGCAUCCAAAGAACACCAUACCUACUGUGAAGCAUGGGGGUGGAAACAUCAUGCUUUGGGGCUGUUUUUCUGCAAAGGGACCAGGACGACUGAUCCGUGUAAAGGAAAGAAUGAAUGGGGCCAUGUAUCGUGAGAUUUUGAGUGAAAACCUCCUUCCAUCAGCAAGGGCAUUGAAGAUGAAACGUGGCUGGGUCUUUCAGCAUGACAAUGAUCCCAAACACACCGCCCGGGCAACGAAGGAGUGGCUUCGUAAGAAGCAUUUCAAGGUCCUGGAGUGGCCUAGCCAGUCUCCAGAUCUCAACCCCAUAGACAAUCUUUGGAGGGAGUUGAAAGUCCGUGUUGCCCAGCGACAGCCCCAAAACAUCACUGCUCUAGAGGAGAUCUGCAUGGAGGAAUGGGCCAAAAUACCAGCAACAGUGUGUGAAAACCUUGUGAAGACUUAAAGAAAACGUUUGACCUGUGUCAUUGCCAACAAAGGGUAUAUAACAAAGUACUGAGAAACUUUUGUUAUUGACCAAAUACUUAUUUUCCACCAUAAUUUGCAAAUAAAUUCAUUAAAAAUCCUACAAUGUGAUUUUCUGGAAAAAAAAUUCUCAUUUUGUCUGUCAUAGUUGACGUGUACCUAUGAUGGAAAUUACAGGCCUCUCUCAUCUUUUUAAGUGGGAGAACUUGCACAAUUGGUGGCUGACUAAAUACUUUUUUCCCCCACUGUACACAUACAUACUGUCACGAUCGUUGAACAAAGUAGACCUAGGCGCAGCGUUGAAGGCAAACAUACUUUAUUAACCAAAGUGAGAAACACGAACAAAACAACAAACGAUAACGUGACGUGACGUCCUAGGUUAAACAACCAACACGGAACAAACCAACUGGAACAAGAUCCCACAACACCUGUGGGAACACAGCCUGUCUAAAUAUGGCUCCCAAUCAGAGACAACCAGCAACAGCUGACACUCGUUGCCUCUGAUUGGGAACCACUCUGGCCAACAUAGAAACAGAAUACUAGACUGUGACCAUAGAACAAAAACACAUAGAAUCUACACACCCUGGCUCAACAUAUAGAGUCCCCAGAGCCAGGGUGUGACAGUACCCCCCCCCCCCCCCUAAAGGCGCGGACUGCGACCGCACCUCAACAUAGACCAAACAGGGGAGGGCUGGGUGGGCAUUCCUCCUCGGAGGCGGUUCCGGCUCCGGGCUUGCCCACCACCCUCCAAUAAUCCCCCCGUAGCGCCCCUGGUCCGGUCUGGCCCCGCUGGCUGGAGCUGGACUGGAUAUCGUAGGAGCGGAUUGCUUAAGCUCCGGUGUGGAGCAGCGGAUCAGUACCUGACCAGGCACCGGUGACCCAGGCACGGGUUGUGCCGGACUGACGACGCGCACCCCUGGCUUGGUGCGUGGAGCAGGAACGGGCCGGACCGGGCUGACGAUGCGCACCCCUGGCUUGGUGCGUGGAGCAGCAACGGGCCGGACCGGGCUGACGAUGCGCACCCCUAGCUUGGUGCGUGGAGCCGGAAUGGGCCGGACCGGGCUGACGAUGCGCACCCCUGGCUUGGUGCGUGGAGCAGGAACGGGCCGGACCGGACUGACGACGCGCACCCCUGGCCUGGUGCGUGGAGCAGGAACGGACCGGACCGGGCUGACGAUGCGCACCCCUGGCUUGGUGCGUGGAGCAGCAACGGGCCGGACCGGGCUGACGAUGCGCACCCCUGGCUUGGUGCGUGGAGCAGGAACGGGCCGUACCGGGCUGACGAUGCGCACCCCUGGCUUGGUGCGUGGAGCAGCAACGGGCCGGACCGGGCUGACGACUCGCACCCCUGGCUUGGUGCGUGGAGCAGGAACGGGCCGUACCGGGCUGACGAUGCGCACCCCUGGCUUGGUGCGAGUGGCAGGAACAGACCGGGCCGGGCUGACGACUCGCACCCCUGGCUUGGUGCGAGUGGCAGGAACAGGCCGGGCCGGGCUGGCGACGCGCACCGUAGGCUUGGUGCGAGUGACAGGAACAGGCCGGGCCGGGCUGGCGACGCGCACCGUAGGCUUGGUGCGAGUGGCAGGAACAGGCCGGGCCGGGCUGGCGACGCGCACCGUAGGCUUGGUGCGAGUGGCAGGAACAGGCCGGGCCGGGCUGGCGACGCGCACCGUAGGCUUGGUGCGAGGGGCAGGAACAGGCCGGGCCGGCGACGCGCACCAUCAACUUAGUGCGGGGAGCAGGAACGGGCCGGACCGGACUGGUGACGCACACCACUUGCUUGGUGUGAGGAGCGGGACUGGGUUUCGUCAUAACCCUCCGCUCCCUCAGCUGCCUACACAGUUCCUCUCGCCUUGCCUCUACUCUCACCCUCUCCCUUAUCGCCUCCAGUAGCUCCACCCUCUGAACCACUAACUCCUGCUCCCUCUGGACCACUAGCCCCCUUAACCUGGUGGCCUCCUCACCUAACCUCCUAAUACGCCCUGUAGCUGCCUCCUGCUGCCCCGACGCCCAUGCCGUGUGCCCCCCCCUAAAUUUUUUGGGGGUUGCCUCUCGUCCGUCCGACGACGACCCUGUUGACGCCGUUGCUCCUCUCUCCGUCGCGCCUCUACCGUCUCCUUCCAUGGACGGCGAUCCAUCCCGGCCUGGAUCUCCUCCCAGGUCCAGGACCCCUGCCCGUCCAUUAUCUGCUCCCACGUCCAGGCUGCCUGCUCCUGGACACGCUGCUUGGUCCUGGUAUGGUGGGAUCUUCUGUCACGAUCGUUGAACGAAGUAGAACAAGGCGCAGCGUUGAAGGCAAACAUACUUUAUUAACCAAAGUGAGAAACACGAACAAAACAACAAACGAUAACGUGACGUCCUAGGUUAAACAACCAACACGGAACAAACCAACUGGAACAAGAUCCCACAACACCUGUGGGAACACAGCCUGUCUAAAUAUGGCUCCCAAUCAGAGACAACCAGCAACAGCUGACACUCGUUGCCUCUGAUUGGGAACCACUCUGGCCAACAUAGAAACAGAAUACUAGACUGUGACCAUAGAACAAAAACACAUAGAAUCUACACACCCUGGCUCAACAUAUAGAGUCCCCAGAGCCAGGGUGUGACACAUACAUACACAUACAUAUCCUUUAAAAAAAAUAUAUUCCCCUUUAUUACUUUCCAACCCCACCACCCUUUCCCUAAUUGGAGUAAACUAGUGAACAACAAUGCUUAGGCCUCUACUUCCAGCUUAUACAUACUAUAUACAUUUUAUGGACACAGUCAAUUUUACAAUAUUUAUAUUUUAUUUGUUUUUGCUCCUGAAGUUCUUCUACUCUCAACCUCUCUGAUCAUUUUCAUGAUGUCCAUCCGGUUUGGUCCUUAAAUGAAACUGAUAUACUUUUUUAUUUAUCACAGUUUUCCUUAACCAAUUAUGUUCUUUAAUGCAAGGCCGACAGACAAGUUCCUUAUUUUCUCCCCCUUCCACUUUCCUCUUCCAUUUUUGCGGUAAGGCUGCAAUUAUUUGGUUGUAAUUUUGGGUAGAGCAGACAUUUCCAUAUGUUUUUGUUAGCUGCAUGUGUGACAUAACUCCACCAGUUCUACUUAUGAUAUCAUUUACGAAGAUUCUACCUUUUUUAAACAUUUUGUAAAAAAAAAAGUUUUUUUGUCAAUUAGUAUAUUUGAGUUUAACCACAAUAUUGGUUGCAUUAUUUGUUCUGUCGUUUCUGUAGGAUUAAAUUAAAAUUGCAACCAACUUUCUAUGGCUUGUUUUACAAAUAGUGAUAUUUGGGAGAUUAUUUCCUUUUCAAAUAACUGAAAGUGAGAGGUUGUAAUCUGAAUAAAGGGAAAAAGGCCAUUCUUGAACAUUGGGUGAGACAAUCUUACUAAUUUGCUAGAGAACCAGCUCGGAUUUAAGUAUAACUUUUGUAUGACUGAAGCUUUUAGUGAUAGGUCUAAUGCUUUAAUAUUUAAUCAUUUCUGUCCUCCGAAUUCAUAUGAAUUACAGUGGGGAGAACAAGUAUUUGAUACACUGCCGAUUUUGCAGGUUUUCCUACUUACAAAGCAUGUAGAGGUCUGUAAUUUUUAUCCAAGAGUGAGCCGCGCCGGAGAUGCCCAACUCGGAGAGGAGGAUCUGAUGGUUCACAGUAUCAAAGGCAGCAGGCAGGUCUAGAAGGACAAGAGCAGAGGAGAGAGAGCGUUAGCUUUAGCAGUGUGGAGAGCCUCCGUGACACAGAGAAGAGCAGUCUCAGUUGAAUGACCAUUCUUGAAACCUGACUGGUUUGGAUCAAGAAGGUCAUUCUGAGAGAGAUAGCAAGAGAGUUGGCUAAAGACGGCACGCUCAAUAGUUUUGGAGAGAAAAGAAAGAAGGGAUACUGGUCUGUAGUUGUUGACAUCAGAGGGAUCGAGUGUUGGUUUUUUGAGAAGGGGUGCAACUCUCGCUCUCUUGAAGACGGAAGGGACAUAGCCAGCGGUCAAGGAUGAGUUGAUCAGCCAGGUGAGGUAGGGGAGAAGGUCACCGGAGAUGGUCUGGAGAAGAGAGGAGGGGAUAGGGUCAAGCGGGCAGGUUGUUGGGCGGCCUGCAGUCACAAGUCGCAAGAUUUUAUCUGGAGAGAGAGGGGAGAAAGAAGUCAAAGCAUAGGGUAGGGCAGUGUGAGCAGGACCAGCAGUGUCAUUUGACUUAACAAACGAGGAUGGGAUGUCGUCAACCUUCUUUUCAAAGUGGUUGACGAAGUCAUCCACAGAGAGGGAGGAGGGGGGGGGGGGGGGGAUUCAGCAGGGAGGAGAAUGUGGCAAAGAGCUUCCUAGGGUUAGAGGCAGAUGCUUGGAAUUUAGCGUGAUAGAAAGUGGCCUUAGCAGCAGAAACAGAUGAAGAAAAUGUAGAGAGGAGGGAGUGAAAAGAUGCCAGGUCCGCAGGGAGUCUAGUUUUCUUCCAUUUCCGCUCAGCUGCCCGGAGCUCUGUUCUGUGAGCUCGCAUUGAGUCAUCAAGCCACGGAGCUGGAGGGGAGGACCGAGCCGGCAGGGAGGAUAGGGGACAUAGAGAGUCAAAGGAUGCAGAAAGGGAGGAGAGGAGGGUUGAGGAGGCAGAAUCAGGAGAUUGGAGGGAGAAGGAUUGAGCAGAGGGAAGAGAUGAUAGGAUGGAAGAGGAGAGAGUAGCGGGAGAGAGAGAGCGAAGGUUGCGACGGUGCAUUACCAUCUGUGUAGGGGCAGAGUGAGUAGUGUUGGAGGAGAGGGAGAGAGAAAAGGAUACAAAGUAGUGGUCGGAGACUUGGAGGGGAGUUGCAGUGAGAUUAGUAGAACAACAGCAUCUAGUAAAGAUGAGGUCAAGCGUAUUGCCUGUCUUCUGAGUGGCGCAGUGGUCUAAGGCACUGCUAGCUGUGCCACUAGAGAUCCUGGUUCGAAUCCAGGCUCUGUCGCAGCCGGCCGCGACCGGGAGACUCAUGGGCGGCUCACAAUUGGCCCAGCGUCAUCCAGGGUAGGGGAGGGAAUGGCCGGCAGGGAUGUAGCUCAGUUGAUAGAGCAUGGCGUUUGCAACGCCAUGGUUGUGGGUUCGAUUUCCACGGGGUAUUCACUAAUUGUAAGUCGCUCUGGAUAAGAGCGUCUGCUAAAUGACGUAAAUGUAAAUGUUGUGAGUAGGGGAGGACGGUGAGAGGGUGAGGUCAAAAGAGGAGAGGAGUGGAAAGAAGGAGGCAGAGAGAAAUUAGUCAAAUGUAGACGUAGGGAGGUUGAAAUCCCCCAGAACUGUGAGGGGUGAGCCAUCCUCAGGAAAGGAACUUAUCAAGGCGUCAAGCUCAUUGAUGAACUCUCCAAGGGAACCUGGAGGGCGAUAGAUGACAAGGAUAUUAAGCUUAAAUGGGCUAGUGACUGUGACAGCAUGGAAUUCAAAUGAGGAGAUAGACAGAGAAAAAUUGAGAAUGUCCACUUGGGAGAGAUGAGGAUUCCUGUGCCACCACCCCGCUGACCAGAUGCUCUCGGGGUAUGCGAGAACACAUGGUCAGACGAGGAGAGAGCAGCAGGAGUAGCAGUGUUUUCAGUGGUAAUCCAUGUUUCCGUCAGCGCCAAGAAGUCGAGGGACUGGAGGGUAGCAUAGGCUGAGAUGAACUCUGCCUUGUUGGCAGCAGAACGGCAGUUCCAGAGGCUGCCUGAGACCUGGAACUCCACGUGGGUCGUGCGUGCAGGGACCACCAGGUUAGAGAGGCAGCAGCCACGCGGUGUGAGGCGUUUGUGUAGCCUGUGCGGAGAGGAGAGAACAGGGAUAGGCAGAGGCAUAGUUGACAAGCUGCAGCAGAUGGCUACAAUAAUGCAGAGGAGAUCGGAAUGAAAUGAACUAAACAUCUGGGAAAGGAGAGAGCGGGGCCUCCCUCACCACAACUCCCAAAUAUAACUCUCCCAACUUCCACCUCAGAAACUAUAAUUGUUGUAAACUACAGCGGUUCAAUGUUUUCUAGGAAUAGACUAACUUAGUUUAUUCAGCUAGCUAACUAGGUGCAGUAUUAUUCCGUGAAAAACGUCCAGGCACCUCGUCAUAAGACGCCACAGCCAGCUAGCAUGCCGGUCUCCAACAACACGGUUUAGCGCUAAUACUCGGCGACAACAAACCACCAGUGUAUCAACACGCAAGCAGAUCGUUCGCGUCCGUGUCUAACGUUGUGGGUUAGUCCCGACAGCUUGAGCGAGUCCGUCGUCAACUUAUUCAGCCAGUUAGUUAGCUAGAAUAGUUAGCAAACUAGCUAGCCAUUGCUUUCAGACAAAGAAGAACCCCUCCUUUCACGGCACGAACACACACAACAUACCGAUGCUGGCACUAAUACCGCACUCAACGAGCUCUAUAAGGCCAUAAGCAAACAAGAAAAUGCUCAUCCAGAAGCGACGCUCCUAGUGGCCGGGGACUUUAAUGCAGGCAAACUUAAAUCAUUUUUAUGUAAUUUCUACCAGCAUGUAACAAAAACUCUAGACCACCUUUACUCCACACACAGAGACGCAUACAAAGCUCUCCCUCGCCCUCCAUUUGGCAAAUCUCACUAUAAUUAUAUCCUCCUGAUUCCUGAUUACAAGCAAAAACUAAAGCAGGAAGUACCAGUGACUCGCUCAAUACGGAAGUGGUCAGAUGACGCGGAUGCAACGCUACAGGACUGUUUUGCUAGCACAGACUGGAAUAUGUUCCGAUGACGGAGUAUACGACCUCAGUCAUCGGCUUCAUUAAUAAGUGUAUCGACGACGUCUUCCCAACAGUGACCGUACGUACAUACCCCAACCAGAAGCCAUGGAUUACAGGAAACAUCCGCAUCGAGCUAAAGGCUAGAGCUGCUGCUUUCAAGGAGCGGGACACUAAUCCAGAUGCUUAUAAGAAAUCCUGCUACGCUCUCAGACAAACUAUCAAACAGGCAAAGCAUCAAUACAGGAUUAAGAUUGAAUCCUACUACACCGGAUCUGAUGCUCGUCGGAUGUGGCAGGGCUUGAAAACUAUUACGGACAACAAAAGGAAACCCAGCCGCGAGCUGCCCAGUGAUGUGAGCCUACCAGACUAGCUAAAUGCUUUUUAUGCUCGCUUCGAUGCAAGCAACACUGAAGCAUACAUGAGAGCACCAGCUGUUCCGGACGAAUGUGUGAUAACGCACUCGGUAGCCGAUGUGAGCAAGACCUUUAAACAGGUCAACAUUCACAAAGCCGCAGGGCCAGACGGAUUACCAGGACAUGUACUCAAAGCAUGCGCGGACCAACUGGCAAGCGUCUUCACUGACAUUUUCGACCUCUCCCUGACCAAGUCUUCAAUACCUACAUGUUUCAAGCAGACCACUAUAGACCCUGUGCCCAAGGAAGCGAAGGUAACCUGCUUAAAUGAUUACCGCCCUGUAACACUCACGUCGGUAGCCAUGAAGUGCUUUGAAAGGCUGGUCAUGGCUCACAUCAACACCAUUAUCCCGGAUACUCUAGACCCACUCCAAUUCGCAUAUCGCCCCAACAGAUCCACAGAUGACGCAAUGUCAAUCGCACUCCACACUGCCCUUUCCCAACUGGAGAAAAGGAACACCUAUGUGAGAAUGCUGUUCAUUGACUACAGCUCAGCGUUCAACACCAUAAUGCCCUCAAAGCUUAUCACUACUCUAAGGACACUAGGACUAAACACCUCCCUCUGCAACUGGAUCCUGGACUUCCUGACGGGACGCCCCCAGGUGGUAAGGGUAGGCAACAACAAGUCUGCCACGCUGAUCCUCAACACUGGGGCCCCUCAGGGGUGCGUUCUUAGUCCCCUCCUGUACUCCCUGUUCACCCACGACUACGUUGCCAAACACGACUCCAACACCAUCAAUAAGUUUGCUGACGACAUAACAGCCCCAUAACCCUCCAAGUCCACCAGAAACAGGAGACCCCUUCCACCUGCCGGCAGUCCAGGAUCCGGUCCACCGUAAAAGCCGGCUGCCCUCCAACGGACGAGGAGGGGGAGCCAGGGGAGAGGUGGCAACGGGCUAGAGGAGGGACCCCUCUGAAUGGCCCGACGGGACCGCAGCCUCCUUCUCUUGCUCGGGGAAUAGGGGCACUUGGGGAUAGGCAGGGGUCGGCGCAGCCGUGCCGCGGGCUGAUGUGAGCUCUUCGUGCAUGCGCACACCAGGCAAGCAGCCACGAAGGUGCGCAUUUCCCCCUCAGCAGAUGGCCACCAGAACCUCCUACGCAGGAACUCCAAUGUCCUGGCGCCUCCCGGAUGGCUGGUGAGUUCGGACGCGUCUGCCCACUGAAGCAGUCGCGAGCACUCAGCCUUGGGUACGUACAUCGUCCCCGAUGGGCCUCCGCCCAAAUCGGGCUCCCACCGUAGCGCUGCUCUGACCAGCCUAUCAAUUCCCCAUGAAACUGGGGCAGCCAUCAGGGCAUUGGGGACAAUGGGGUCGUCCCUCAUGGGCAGCGUCUCCGGUUAGGACAAGGAAAGCCAUUGCCCUCGUGUGGGCAUGGCGCCCGGCAGGAGAUCAUAAGGCCUGUGAGGAGGUAGGCCUCUUACUAAACACCUCCCCCAGAUCCCAAUACUCCUGGGGAAGAGGUGAGGACUGGUAGGUGGUCUGGGACGGUGGUUUAGGCUGAUGAGUGGUCGGUGGCGACUGGAACAGUACGGGGGCGGAUGAAUGAAUGAAAAACUGGAUAUACUCCCAUAGCCCCACCGCCACCCGGACACACACAGGGACGGUGCGCCGGGUGAAGCAGCCCGACCCCAAUGGCCGGCCGUCCAGGCCCAUGACCGGAACCGGCUCGGAGAGAGAGAGUAACGUAACGCUCCACCCUAGGGCCAGCCCCGCAUCCAUCAGGUUUCCCGCGGCCCCAGAAUCCAUCAGCGCAUGCGCCUGAAUUGCAGCGCAGGCCCACUGAACCCUGACGGGGAGAAAAGUCUGGGUGUCUCUUGAGUUGGGGUUUCUGUUCUGGCUCGCUAGCAACCCUCCCGAUACCCGCUUGCCCUCCCAUUUUCCCGGCUUCUCCGGGCAUGAGUCGCCGUGGUGACCUGCAUGGCUGCAGUACCGGCAACGUCCCUGGGGCAAACGCCUCUGCCUCUCCAUCCGGGACCAGCACGCCGCCUCCUCCUGAAUCGGCGGAAAGCCUCCGGGCUGAUAGGGAGACGCGGGGGCGAGCCUUGCGUCAUGCCUCUCUCGUACGCCCUCUCACAACGCCGAUUGUCCACCCGCACCGAGAGUCGACGAGGCCGUCCAGUUGCUCAGGCAGCUCUCUGAAGGAGAGUUUGUCCUUCAUCCCCUCCGAUAGCCCCUUGUUAUUUUGUGUUACAUUUUAUUAUUUUUUACUUUAGAUUAUUUGGUAAAUAUUUUCUUAACUCUUUCUUGAACUGCAUUGUUGGUUAAGGGCUUGUAAGUCAGCAUUUCACUGUAAUGUCUACACCUGUUGUAUCUGUGUGUAGGCACCCUGCCGCGGAGGAUGCGUAAGGAGUUGUUAACGGUGAAGCUUCGGAACCGGCCCAGUCAGCAGGAGCUGGAGGACAGAAACAUCUUCCCUGUUCGCUCAGACCUGGAGAGACAGGAGAUUAGACAACACAUAGAGAACAAGCUGGCCAAGUGAGUUAUUAACACACACAUACACAGACCACACACACACCACACACAGACCACACACACACCACACACAGACCACACACACACCACACACAGACCACACACACACCACACACAGACCACACACAGACCACACACAGACCACACACAGACCACACACAGACCACACACAGACCACACACAGACCACACACAGAGAGACUGGAGAUACGACAAUGCAUAGAGACCAAACUGGCCAGGUGAGUGACACUCUCUCUCUCUAUUCUCUCUCUCUCUCUCUCUCUCUCUCUCUCUCUAUUCUCUCUCUCUCUCUCUCUCUCUCUCUCUCUCUCAAUUCGCUUUAUUGGCAUGAUGUAACAAUGUACAUAUUCCCAAAGCUUACUUUGAAGAUUUACAAUAUUAACAUAAUCAAUUAUAAUAAUCAAUAUUGACAACAGUAACAACAAUAACCAAGGGUCAAAAUACCCAUACAUUGAACAAUAACAAUAUAGAGGACAUGUGCAGGUUGGUUGGUCUGUCAGACACUGUCCCUCAUCUUAUGGCAGGCAGCAAUGUAGUGCGCUGCCAACCCACAGCUCUGCAUGUAGGGUUUCAAUGGGGUUUGUCCCAUUGGGUGAAAUCUUGUUUUGCAAGUGGAUCCCACACCUUGCUGCCAUAAAGUGCAAUUGGUUCAAUGAUACAUUUGAUUAGUUUUAGCCAAAUGUUAAUAGGUAUUUCAAUUUGAAUAUGUAUUUUUAUGGCGUAGAAUGCCCUGCGUGCUUUCUCUCAGUUCAUUCACUGCCUCAUUAAGCUGUCCAGUUGAGAUUAUUUUAAACCUAAGUAAUUGUAGUGUGUGGAGUACUCUAUAUAUUUUGUACCAAUUGAGAACUUUGGUAUAAUUCCCUGAGAUCUGGAUCUUCUCUGGAAAGUCAUUAUUUUAGUAUUUUUGGGGUUUACUGCCAGGGCCCAGGUCUGUCAGUACUACUCUAGCAGGUCCAGGCUCUGCUGUAGGCCAUGUGCUGUGGGUGACAGCAGGCACAGGUCAUCUGUGAAGAGCAGGUAUUUAACCUCUGAAUUGUGGAGAAUAACACCAGGGGCUGAGGAUUUUUCUAGAAUUUUUCAGCCUGUAGGUUCACUGAGUGAUUUGCAUUUUACAUUUACAUUUUAGUCAUUUAGCAGACACUCUUAUCCAGAGCGACUUACAGUUAGUGAGUCCAUACAAUGUUUUUAAAUUCAUACCCCCGUGGGAAUCGAACCCACAACCCUGGCAAGUGAUGUUUGAAAGAGACAGCCUGUAGGUUCGCUGAGUGAUGUUUGAAAGAGACAGCCUGUAGGUUCGCUGAGUGAUGUUUGAAAGAGACAGCCUGUAGGUUCGCUGAGUGAUGUUUGAAAGAGACAGCCUGGAGGUUCGCUGAGUGAUGUUUGAAAGACUGAUCAUUAGGGGUGUGUUCUGUUCAGAAUGAUCCCAGGCCAGCCCUCUAUGGUCCAGACAGGGGUGUGUUCUGUUCAGAAUGAUCCCAGGCCAGCCCUCUAUGGUCCAGACAGGGGUGUGUUCUGUUCAGAAUGAUCCCAGGCCAGCCCUCUAUGGUCCAGACAGGGGUGUGUUCUGUUCAGAAUGAUCCCAGGCCAGCCCUCUAUGGUCCAGACAGGGGUGUGUUCUGUUCAGAAUGAUCCCAGGCCAGCCCUCUAUGGUCCAGACAGGGGUGUGUUCUGUUCAGAAUGAUCCCAGGCCAGCCCUCUAUGGUCCAGACAGUGUUGUAUAUUGUGGCAGAUCAGGGUGUUGGGUCAAGACGUUUACACAGAUCAGGGUGUUGGGUCAAGACGUUUACACAGAUCAGGGUGUUGGGUCAAGACGUUUACACAGAUCAGGGUGUUGGGUCAAGACGUUUACACAGAUCAGGGUGUGUUUGGGUCAAGCGUUUCACAAAUCAGGGUGUUGGGUCAAGACGGUUUACCACAGAUCAGGGUGUUGGGUCAAGACGUUUCACACAGAUUCAGGGUGUUGUUGGGUCAAGACGUUUACACAGCUCAGGGUGUUGGGUCAGACAGACGUUUACACAGAUCCGGGUGUUGUGUCAAGACGACGUUUACACAGAUUCAGGGUGUUGGCUCAAGACGUUUACACAGAUCAGGGUGUUGGCUCAAGAGUUUACACAGAUCAGGGUGUUGGGUCAAGACGUUUACACAGAGUCACGGACAGUAGAUGAUUAGUCGUUUCAAGGUGUUUUAGAGUAAUUCAAAGAAAGGUUCAAGGUUCCCACAUGGGACCCUCUUACACGAUACCGUCUUCCAACUACACGGGAGAGUUUACCUAUCCCCAGUUUCCUCCCCCAUGUGCUGCCCUUCUGGCAGCUUGUUACCUUGACUUCCACCAGUUCCUCCCCCAGUCCGUGCCUUCUGGGCAGCGUUGUACUUAACUUCCCCCAGUCUCCACAUGUGCGCCUUCUGGCAGCUUGUUACCUUACUUCCCCAGUCCUCCCCAUGUGCUGCCUUUGGCACUUGUUUCCUAUCUUCCCCAGUUCACACCAUGUGCGGCCUUCUGGCAGCUUGUUACCUACUUCCCCCAGUCCGUCCCCAGUCCUCUGCCCUUCGGCAGCUUGUUACCUGUACUUCCCGAGUCCUCCCCCAUGUGCUGGCCUUCUGGCAGCUUGUUACCUUACUUCCCCCAGUCCUCCCCCAUGUGCUGCCCUUCUGGCAGCUUGUUACCUUACUUCCCCCAGUCCUCCCCCAUGUGCUGCCCUUCUGGCAGCUUGUUACCUUACUUCCCCCAGUCCUCCCCCAUGUGCUGCCCUUCUGGCAGCUUGUUACCUUACUUCCCCAUCCUCCCCCAUGUGCUGCCCUUCUGGCAGCUUGUUACCUUACUUCCCCCAGUCCUCCCCCAUGUGCUGCCCUUCUGGCAGUUUGUUACCUUACUUCCCCCAGUCCUCCCCCAGUCCUCUGCCCUUCUGGCAGCUUGUUACCUUACUUCCCCCAGUCCUCCCCCAGUCCUCUGCCCUUCUGGCAGCUUGUUACCUUACUUCCCCCAGUCCUCCCCCAGUCCUCUGCCCUUCUGGCAGCUUGUUACCUUACUUCCCCCAGUCCUCCCCCAGUCCUCUGCCCUUCUGGCAGCUUUAUGGGCCUUGCACAGCUGGUGAGCAAUCCGCCCUUAAUUACUCACCAGCUCCCAAUCAGCCCCAAUUAGUCCUGUCUGGGAGCCCGUCGAGACCUGGCACGUCCAGCAGAUGGAGCCACCGCCUCGUGAUGUAUACUCCAUCUGUUACCAGGCCUCGACGAGUCUCCCCCUGGUGGCUGACCUGCUGUACGCCCCCCCCACCCCCCCACACCCAGGGGGGGAGUGGAGGGGACAGUCAUCAGUGCAACGUCUGUCUCCCUUCUCGAUAGGGCAGCCGCGUUUCCAUGCUUCGCCCCUGACCUGUGCACAAUAGAAAAAGAGAAGCGUUGAAGGGACAAGAACCACCUGGUGACCCAAUCUUUUGUUGGUACCUAACAGGUAAUACUUGAGUGUCUAGUGCCCACUUCACCGCCAGACACUCUUUCUCAACAAUAGAGUAUUUUUUUUCUCUGGGUAUCAGCUUUCGGCUGAUGUACAUGAUGGGGUGCUCCUGGGACAGAACGGCCCCUGUCCCGUAUCACAUGCAUCCGUCUGGACCACCAUCGGCACCUGGAAAUAUGGGCGUUACGAGAAUCGGAUGCGAGCACAGCGCUUCAUUCAGACAGCUGAACGCCGCUUCUGUCUCGUCCGUCCAUUUCACUGUUUUCGGGAGGCGGGCCCUGGUUAGAUCUGUAAGGGGGGAAGCUAUAGCCGCAAAGUUGGGGAUAAACCGGCUAUAGUCUCCUGCCAGUCCCAGGAAGGACUUGACCUGUGUCUUGGUGCGUGGAACGGGCCAGUCACGUACCGCGUGAACCUUCCUCUCCUGGGGUUUGACGUUCCCCCGUCCGAUCAAGUAACCCAGGUACUCCACCUCCUCGAACCCUAGCUUGCAUUUCUUGGGGUUUGCGGUCAACCCGGCUUGUCUGUGCGCGUCCAGCACCGCCUGGAGGCGCGUCAGGUGCUCCUCCCAAACUCGGCUGUGGGUGAUAUCGUCCAGAUAGGCCACUGCGUACUGCUGGUGGGGUCGAAGCACCGCGUUCAUCAGUCGCUGGAAUGUGGAGACCGAACGGGAGCACCCGGUACUGGUACAGACCGUCUGGUGUCGAGAACGCCGUCUUCUCCCGGGAGGAGGCUGCCAAUGGUACCUGCCAAUAUCCUUUGGUCAGGUCAAGGGUGCUGAUGUACCGGGCCUUUCCCAAUCGGUCGAUUAGCUCGUCCACCCUCGGUAUGGGGUAGGCGUCGAAUACACUUAUGUCAUUCACACCCCGGAAAUCAUUACAGAAGCGUAGGCUACCGUCCGGUUUGGGCACCAACACGAUGGGGCUACACCAUGCACUGUGGGACUCUUAAACGACCCCCAUCCUCAGCAUAGCCUCCACUUCUUGUAUCACAGCCUUCCGUCGGGCCUCCGGAAUUCGAUACGGCCUCUUUCUUACCGUUUCCCCGGGCCGGUUAUGGAUGUGGUGUUCAAUGAGGCCCAGCUUAUUGGGGAGAACACCGCCGUGUUCCAGUCGACAAGCUCCCAGAGCUCUUGCUUCUGGGCCGGGUCGAGGUCCUCACUGCAUGGGACCACCACUGGUACUGUUGGUGUCCUGGGUCCCGACCGUAACACGGACAAGGCUGUCCUCUCCUGCCUCCUCUUCAACAGGUUCACGUGGUAAAUCUGUUGAGAUUUCAGUUUCUUGACAGGUCCCGGUUUCUCAACCACCUUGUAUUGUCCGUGUCAUGUUGCCAGGAACUUACUUUCGGCCGUGGGGAUCAACACCAACACCCUGUCUCCCACCUGGAAUUCUCAGGGCUGGGCUCCCCGAUUGUAGACCUGGGUUUGGGCGCGUUGGGCCUUCUCCAUAUGUUCCCUCACGACUGGCCAUUGGCUGUCAUCCGCUCCCCCAUCAUCUCCACAUGCUCUACCACACUGCGUAAGGGGGUCGGUUGGGCUUCCCACACCUCCUUGGCGAGGUCCAGUAGGCCACGUGGCCUCCUCCCGUAGAGGAGUUCAAACGGGGAAAACCCAGUGGAGGCCUGGGGUACUUCUCAGAUUGAGAACAUUAGGUGGGGUAGUAGCUGGUCCCAGUUCUUCCCGUCCUGCUCGAUGACCUUCCGCAGCAUCUGUUUGAGCGUUUUGUUAAAGUGCUCGACGAGCCCAUCCUUCUGCGGGUGAAAAACGGAGGUCCGGAUCUGCUUGAUCUGCAUGAGGGCACACAACUCUUUCAUAAGGCGGGACAUAAACUCUGUACCUUGGUCUGUCAGGAUCUCGUUUGGGAUGCCCACCCGGCUAAAGAGGUGGAACAGCUCCCGGGCGAUUCCCUUGGAUACCGCCGCCCGUAGGGAAAUGGCCUCGGGAUACCGGGUGGCAUAGUCUACUAUUACCAGGGAUCCCACUAUGUCCAUGGCGAUGUGUUCAAAGGGCACCCCGAUGAUCGGCAGGGAAACCAGAGGGUUUCAGAAGUGUGCUUUCGGUGCAGUGAGUUUACACUCCAGGCAGCUGCGACAGUAGUCUUCCACGGCACUCCUCAUCCCGGGCCAGUGGAACCAGGCGACGACCAGUUCCCGGGUCUUCUCCAUUCCCAGGUGGGUGUGGGCCAGCUGAAGAAUGGUUUCUACGUACCGUCGGGGCAGCAACAAUACCUCUCAAAGUUUCCCCUGAUACAAAAGGUUAUUCUUAAUUUGGAAAUGGGGGUAUCGCCAGUCACUCACCCCCGGAAGUAGCUGUCCAUCCACCGCUAUCACUUGGGCUGCGGCAGCUUUCAUAUUCGGAUCCUCCCACUGGGCCGUCCCGAAUUGUCCCCUUAGUUGGCCCCCAACGGGGGUCUCGACUGGCCCCUCGAAAAAUGUGGAUCCUCCCACUGGGCCGGCUCGUAUCUUUUUUUUUUCAACUCGUGCCCCCAUAGGGCCGCGAACAGAGGACAAUCCCAUCCCACUAGGAUAGGUACCGGCAGCUCUGGUACUGCCCCCACCAUCAUCUGGCAGCUCCCUGGUGUCACAUUGUUGGUCCAUACGGCGGGAUACUGCUUUGUGUCACCGUGAACACAGGAAACUGACAUCUCCCUACCCCGUUCGGUCUCCUGGUUCAGCAGGCUCGUGGUUAUGAGCGUAACCAUGCUUCCGGAGUCUAAUAGCGCUUCCAUGUCGUGUCCGUCAACCUUCACUGGGACCAUGGGUGCAGUUGAUUCAUGGUGCGCCCAACAGGAGGUGACAUAGUUCAAGGCGUGACCCACCUGGCCUCCGGUGCUAGCUGAUGGCAUCAACUUUCCUUGAGCAGGGCAAUGUCCCCGGCGCCACACUCAUUCUCAGUGGUGGGGUUGUCCUUCCGUCCCCUCGCACAGGUCGCUGACUCGUCCCGGCUCCCCCUCAGUAGGGCCUGAGUGUUCUGAUGCAUCUCCACUGCUUCCAGGAGGCCCUCCAAGGUCUGGGGCGUGCAUAGGCUCGCUGCCCUCUUCAUGUCGUGGGGUAGUGCCCGUACGAAGCGAUCCAGAACCACUUUGUCGAGGAGGGAGAGGGUGGAUACGUCGGUUAGGAGCCAUGCCCUGGUGACACGCAGAAGGUCGCUCAUCUGGGCUCGGGGGGGAUGCGUCGGGUACAAACCUCCAGUCGUGGAACCGUUGAGCCCGAUGGGCCAGGCUGUACCCGUAGCGGCUGAGUAUCUCCCGUUUGAGUCCGUCGUAGUUAGCUGCCUGUUCGUCAUUCAGGUCCCAAUACGCCUUUUGGGCAUUCCAGGUGACCACCUCAUGAAGCUGGUUGAGAGAAUGCCAAGAUUGUGCAAAGCUGUCAUCAAGGCACAGGGUGGCUAUUUGAAGAAUCUCAAAUAUAGAAUAUAUUUUGAUUUGUUUAACACUUUUUUGGUUACUACAUGAUUUCAUAUGUGCUAUUUCAUAGUUUUGAUGUCUUAACUAUUAUUCUACAAUGUAGAAAAUAGUAAAAAUAAAGAAAAACCCUUGAAUGAGUAGGUGUGUCCAAACUUUUGACUGGUACUGUAUGUAAAUGAUAUAUGUCUGUACUUCAUUUUGACAACUCCAUUGUGUCCUCCUCCCAGAGUGCAAAGAACCUUGGCGUGACCCUGGACAAUACCCUGUCGUUCUCCGCUAACAUCAAGGCGGUGACCCGAUCCUGUAGGUUCAUGCUCUACAACAUUCACAGAGUACGACCCUGCCUUACACAGGAAGCGGCACAGGUCCUAAUCCAGGCACUUGUCAUCUCCCGUCUGGAUUACUGCAACUCGCUGUUUGCUGGGCUCCCUGCCUGUGCCAUUAAACCCCUUCAACUUAUCCAGAACGCUGCAGCCUGUCUGGUGUUCAACCUUCCCAAGUUCUCUCAUGUCACCCCGCUCCUCCGCACACUCCACUGGCUUCCAGUUGAGGCUCGCAUCAUGUGUUUGUCUGUGUGUGUGCGUGUAUUUGUGGUUGGGAUGUGAGAGUGUGGGUAGAGUCCAGUGUGUGGGUAGAGUCCAGUGUGUGUGCAUGGAGUCAGUGCAAGAGAGUUAGUGAAAAAAAGGGUCAAUGCAGGUAGUCCUGGUAGCUAUUUGAUUAGCUAUUUAGCAGUCUUGUUUAGCAGUCUUAUGACUUGGGGGUAGAAGCUGUUCAGGGUCCUGUUGUUUCCAGAUUUUGUGCACUGGUACCGCUUGCCAUGCAGUAGCAGAGAGAACAGUCUAUGACUGGGUUGGCUGGAGUCUUUGACCAUUUUUUUUUUUACCUUUCACUAACACCACCUGGUAUAGAGGUCCUGGAUAGCAUGGAGCUUGGCCCAGUGAUGUACUGGGCCGUACGCACGACCCUCUGUAGCGUCUUACGGUCGGAUGCCAAACAGUUGCCAUACCAAGCGGUGAUGCAGCCAGUCAAGAUGCUUUCACUGGUGCAGCUGUAGAACUUGUUGACGAUCUGAGGGCCCAUGCAAAUCUUUUCAGCCUCCUGAGGGGGAAGAGGCGCUGUCGUGCCCUCUUCACACGGCCAGGUCUCUGACCUCCUCCCUAUAGGCUGUCUCAUCGUCGUCGGUGAUCAGGCCUACCACUGUUGUGUUGUCAGCAAACUUAAUGAUGGUGUUGGAGUCGUGCCUGGCCAUGCAGUCGUGGGUGAACAGGGAGUACAGGAGGGGACUGAGCACGCACCCCUGAGGGGCCCCCGUGUUGAUGAUCAGUGUGGCAGAUGUGUUGUUGCCUACCCUUACCACCUGGGGGCGGCCCGUCAGGAAGUCCAGGAUCCAGUUGCAGAGGGAUGUGUUUAGUCCCAGGGUCCUGAGCUUUGUGAUGAGCUUGGAGGGCACUUUGGUGUUGAACGCUGAGCUGUAGUCAAUUAAUAGCAUUCUCAUGUAGGUCUUCCUUUUGUCCAGGUGGGAAAGAGCAGUGUGGAGUGCAAUAGAGAUUGUGUCAUCUGUGGAUCUGUUGUGGUGGUAUAGGAAUUGGAGUGGGUCUAGGGUGUCUGGGAUAAUGGUGUUGAUGUGAGCCAUGACCAGCCUUUCAAAGCAUUCAUGGCUGUAGAUGUGAGUGCUACGGUGCGAUAGUCAUUUAGACAGGUUACCUUGGUGUUCUUGGGCACAGGGACUAUGGUGGUCUGCUUGAAACAUGUAGGUAUUACAGACCGGGUCAGGGAGAGGUUGAACAUGUCAGUGAAGACACUUACCAGCUGCUCUGAGUAUGUAUCCUGAUAAUCCGUCUGGCCCACGCUCUGUAAUCCGUCUGGCCCAUGAGCUGUAAUCCGUCUGGCCCAUGCUCUGUGAUCCGUCUGGUCCAUGCUCUGUAUUCCUUCUGGGCCAUGCUCUGUGAUCUGUCUGGCCCAUGCUCUGUAAUCUGUCUGGCCCAUGCUCUGUGAUCCGUCUGGCCCAUGCUCUGUAAUCCUUCUGGCCCAUGCUCUGUAAUCCUUCUGGGCCAUGCUCUGUAAUCCGUCUGGCCAUGCUCUGUAUUCCGUCUGGCCCAUGCUCUGUAAUCCAUCUGGGCCAUGCUAUGUAAUCCGUCUGGCCAUGCUCUGUAAUCCGUCUGGCCCAUGCUCUGUAAUCUGUCUGGCCCAUGCGCUGCAAUCCAUCUGGGCCAUGCUCUGUAAUCCGUCUGGCCCAUGCGCUGUAAUCCGUCUGGCCCAUGCUCUGUAAUCUGUCUGGCCCAUGUUCUGUAAUCCGUCUGGCCCAUGCUCUGUAAUCUCUCUGGCCCAUGCUCUGUAAUCCGUCUGGCCCAUUGAAAUAACGUUGUGAUAUUGUUGUAUGGUGGUAUUAUACAUUUUGCAUUGUAGAUAUGUAGUGGUGUGAUAAUGUUAUAUGAUGCACUGUUUUAUAUUUUGUUUUAUGUUUGAUGUAAGUGCCAGGAAGAGUAGCUGCUGCCUUGACAGGAACUAAUGGGGAUCCAUAAUAAACCCCUGGAAGAGUAGCUGCUGCCUUGGCAGGAACUAAUGGGGAUCCAUAAUAAACCCCAGGAAGAGUAGCUGCUGCCUUGACAGGAACUAAUGGGGAUCCAUAAUAAACCCCAGGAAGAGUAGCUGGUAACUUGGCAGGAACUAAUGGGGAUCCAUAAUAAACCCCAGGAAGAGUAGCUGCUGCCUUGGCAGGAACUAAUGGGGAUCCUUAGUAAACCCCAGGAAGAGUAGCUUCUGCCUUGGCAGGAACUAAUGGGGAUCCAUAAUAAACCCCAGGAAGAGUAGCUGCUGCCUUGGCAGGAACUAAUGGGGAUCCAUAAUAAACCCCAGGAAGAGUAGCUGCUGCCUUGGCAGGAACUAAUGGGGAUUCAUAAUAAACCCCAGGAAGAGUAGCUGCUGCCUUGGCAGGAACUAAUGGGGAUACAUAAUAAACCCCAGGAAGAGUAGCUGCUGCCUUGGCAGGAACUAAUGGGGAUCCAUAAUAAACCCCAGGAAUAGUAGCUGGUAACUUGGCAGGAACUAAUGGGGAUCCAUAAUAAACCCCAGGAAGAGUAGCGUCCGCCUUGGCAGGAACUAAUGGGGAUCCAUAAUAAACCCCAGGAAUAGUAGCUGCUGCUGCCUUGGCAGGAACUAAUGGGGAUUCGUAAUAAACCCCAGGAAGAGUAGCUGCUGCCUUGGCAGGAACUAAUGGGGAUCCAUAAUAAACCCCAGGAAGAGUAGCCGCUGCCUUCACAGGAACUAAUGGGGAUCCAUAAUAAACCCCAGGAAGAGUAGCUGCUGCCUUGGCAGGAACUAAUGGGGAUCCAUAAUAAACCCCAGGAAGAGUAGCUGCUGCCUUGACAGGAACUAAUGGGGAUCCAUAAUAAACCCCAGGAAGAGUAGCUGCUGCCUUGGCAGGAACUAAUGGGGAUCCAUAAUAAACCCCAGGAAGAGUAGCUGCUGCCUUGGCAGGAACUAAUGGGGAUCCAUAAUAAACCCCAGGAAGAGUAGCUGCUGCCUUGACAGGAACAAAUGGGGAUCCAUAAUAAACCCCAGGAAGAGUAGCUGCUGCCUUGGCAGGAACUAAUGGGGAUCCAUAAUAAACCCCAGGAAGAGAAGCUACUGCCUUGGCAGGAACUAAUGGGGAUCCAUAAUAAACCCCAGGAAGAGUAGCUGCUGCCUUGGCAGGAACUAAUGGGGAUCCAUAAUAAACCCCAGGAAGAGAAGCUACUGCCUUGGCAGGAACUAAUGGGGAUCCAUAAUAAACCCCAGGAAGAGUAGCUGCUGCCUUGGCAGGAACUAAUGGGGAUCCAUAAUAAACCCCAGGAAGAGUAGCUGCUGCCUUGGCAGGAACUAAUGGGGUGCCAUAAUAAACCCCAGGAAGAGUAGCUGCUGCCUUGGCAGGAACUAAUGGGGAUCCAUAAUAAACCCCAGGAAGAGUAGCUGCUGCCUUGGCAGGAACUAAUGGGGAUCCAUAAUAAACCCCAGGAAUAGUAGCUUCCGCCUUGUCAAGAACUAAUGGGGUGCCAUAAUAAACCCCAGGAAGAGUAGCUGCUGCCUUGGCAGGAACUAAUGGGGAUCCAUAAUAAACCCCAGGAAGAGUAGCUGCUGCCUUUGCAGGAACUAAUGGGGAUCCAUAAUAAACCCCAGGAAGAGUAGCUGCUGCCUUGGCAGGAACUAAUGGGGAUCCAUAAUAAACCCCAGGAAGAGUAGCUGCCGCCUUGGCAGGAACUAAUGGGGAUCCAUAAUAAACCCCAGGAAGAGUAGCUGCCGCCUUGGCAGGAACUAAUGGGGAUCCAUAAUAAACCCCAGGAAUAGUAGCUGCUGCCUUGGCUGGAACUCAUGGGGAUCCAUAAUAAACCCCAGGAAGAGUAGCUGCUGCCUUGGCAGGAACUAAUGGAGAUCCAUAAUAAACCCCAGGAAGAGUAGCUGCUGCCUUGGCAGGAACUAAUGGGGAUCCAUAAUAAACCCCAGGAAGAGUAGCUUCUGCCUCGGCAGGAACUAAUGGGGAUCCAUAAUAAACCCCAGGAAGAGUAGCUGCUGCCUUGGCAGGAACUAAUGGGGAUCCAUAAUAAACCCCAGGAAUAGUAGCUGGUAACUUGGCAGGAACUAAUGGGGAUCCAUAAUAAACCCCAGGAAGAGUAGCUGCUGCCUUGGCAGGAACUAAUGGGGAUCCAUAAUAAACCCCAGGAAGAGAAGCUACUGCCUUGGCAGGAACUAAUGGGGAUCCAUAAUAAACCCCAGGAAGAGUAGCUGCUGCCUUGGCAGGAACUAAUGGGGAUCCAUAAUAAACCCCAGGAAGAGAAGCUACUGCCUUGGCAGGAACUAAUGGGGAUCCAUAAUAAUCCCCAGGAAGAGUAGCUGCUGCCUUGGCAGGAACUAAUGGGGAUCCAUAAUAAACCCCAGGAAGAGUAGCUGCUGCCUUGGCAGGAACUAAUGGGGUGCCAUAAUAAACCCCAGGAAGAGUAGCUGCUGCCUUGGCAGGAACUAAUGGGGAUCCAUAAUAAACCCCAGGAAGAGUAGCUGCUGCCUUGGCAGGAACUAAUGGGGAUCCAUAAUAAACCCCAGGAAUAGUAGCUUCCGCCUUGUCAAGAACUAAUGGGGUGCCAUAAUAAACCCCAGGAAGAGUAGCUGCUGCCUUGGCAGGAACUAAUGGGGAUCCAUAAUAAACCCCAGGAAGAGUAGCUGCUGCCUUUGCAGGAACUAAUGGGGAUCCAUAAUAAACCCCAGGAAGAGUAGAUGCUGCCUUGGCAGGAACUAAUGGGGAUCCAUAAUAAACCCCAGGAAGAGUAGCUGCCGCCUUGGCAGGAACUAAUGGGGAUCCAUAAUAAACCCCAGGAAGAGUAGCUGCCGCCUUGGCAGGAACUAAUGGGGAUCCAUAAUAAACCCCAGGAAGAGUAGCUGCUGCCUUGGCUGGAACUAAUGGGGAUCCAUAAUAAACCCCAGGAAGAGUAGCUGCUGCCUUGGCAGGAACUAAUGGGGAUCCAUAAUAAACCCCAGGAAUAGUAGCUGGUAACUUGGCAGGAACUAAUGGGGAUCCAUAAUAAACCCCAGGAAGAGUAGCUGCUGCCUCGGCAGGAACUAAUGGGGAUCCAUAAUAAACCCCAGGAAGAAUAGCUGCUGAGUAGACACAACGCUAGCAAAUGCACGUACCUUGUAAUAUUGUUGUAUGGUGGUCCUCUGUAGGACUCUCUCUGCGUCUGCUAAAUGGCAUAUUAUUAUUAUUAUCAUACAUUUACACACCGUAACCCAUAAUGACAAAGCAAAAACAGGUUUUUGGAAAUUUCUGCAAACAAAAUCAAAACGAACAAUGAAAUAUCACAUAUUUACAUAAGUAUUCAGACCCUUUACUCAGUACUUUGUUGAAGCACCUUUGGCAGCAAUUACAGCCUUGAGUCUUCUUGGGUAUGACACUACAAGCUUGGCACACCUGUAUUUGGGGAGUUUCUCCCAUUCUUCUCUGCAGAUCCUCUCAAGCUCUGUCAGGUUGGAUGGGGAGCGUCUCUGCACAGCUAUUUUCAGGUCUCUCCAGCGAUGUUCGAUCGGGUUCAAGUCCGGGCUCUGGCUGGGCCACCCAGGGACAUUCAGAGACUUGUCCCGAAGCCACUCCUGCGUUGUCUUGGCUGUGUUCUUCGGGUCGUUGUCCUGUUGGAAGGUGAACCUAGAGCAGGUUUUCAUCAAGGAUGUUUACGUUUACGUUUACGUUUACAUUUACGUCAUUUAGCAGACGCUCUUAUCCAGAGCCACUUACAAAUUGGUGCAUUCACCCUAUAGCCAGUGGGAUAACCACUUUACAAUUAUUAUUAUUAUUAUUAUUAUUUUUAUUUUUUUGGGGGGGUGGGGGUAGAAGGAUUACUUUAUCCUAUCCCAGGUAUUCCUUAAAGAGGUGGGGUUUCAAAUGUCUUCGGAAGGUGGUGAGUGACUCCGCUGUCCUGGCGCCGUGUGGGAGCUUGUUCCACCAUUGGGGUGCCAGAGCAGCGAACAGUUUUGACUGGGCUGAGCGGGAACUAUGCUUCCGCAGAGGAAGGGGAGCCAGCAGGCCACAGGUGGAUGAACGCAAUGCCCUCGUUUGGGUGUAGGGACUGAUCAGAGCCUGAAGGUACGGAGGUGGUCCUCUGUAGCUCAGCUGGUAGAGCACGGCGCUUGUAACGCCAAGGUAGUGGGUUCGAUCCCCGGGACCACCCAUACACAAAAAUGUAUGCACGCAUGACUGUAAGUCGCUUUGGAUAAAAGCGUCUGCUAAAUGGCAUAUUAUUAUUAUUAUUAUUAGGUGUCGUUCCCCUCACAGCUCCAUAGGCAAGCACCAUGGUCUUGUAACAGAUGCGAGCUUCAACUGGAAGCCAGUGGAGUGUGCGGAGGAGCGGGGUGACGUGAGAGAACUUGGGAAGGUUGAUGUCUCUGUACUUUGCUCCGUUCAUCUUUCCCUCGAUCCUGACUAGUCUCACAGUCCGUUCUGCUGAAAAACAUUCCCACAAUAUAAUUUUGCCACGACCAUGCUUCACCGUAGGGAUGGUGCCAGGUUUCCUCCAGACGUGACACUUGGCAUUCAGGCCAAAGAGUUCAAUCUUGGUUUCAUCAGACCAGAGAAUCUUGUUUCUCAUGGUCUGAGAGUCCUUUAGGUGCCUUUUGGCAAACUCCAAGCGGGCUGUCAUGUGUCUUUUUACUCACCUCCCUGACCAAGACCUUUCUCCCCGGAUUGCUCAGUUUUGCCGGGCGGCCAGCUCUAGGAAGAGUCUUGGUGGUUCCAAACUUCUUCCAUUUAAGAAUGAUGGAGGCCACUGUGUUCUUGGGGACCUUCAAUGCUGCAGACAUUUUUUCGUACCUUUCCCCAGAUCUGUGCCUCGACAUAAUCCUGUCUCGGGGCUCUACAGACAAUUCCUUCAACCUCUUGGCUUGGUUUUUGCUCUGACAUGCACUGUCAACUGUGGGACCUUAUAUAGACAGGUGUUGGCCUUUCCAAAUAAUGUCCAAUCAAUUGAAUUUACCCUAGGUAGACUCCAUUCUAGUUGUAAAAACAUCUCAAGGAUGAUCAAUGGAAGCAGGAUGCACCUGAGCUCAAUUUCAAGUCGCAUAGCAAAGAGUCUGAAUACUUAUGUAAAUGAGGUAUUUCUGUUUUUUAUUUGUAAAUGUUAAAACAAUUCUAAAAACCUGUUUUCACUUUGUUAUUAUGGGAUAUUGUGUGUAGAUUGAUGAGGAUUCUUAUAUAUUUAAUCCAUUUUAGUUUAAGGCUUUAAUGUAUAUCAAAAUGUGUGAAAAGGGAAGGGGUCUGAAUACUUUCCGAAUGCACGUUAUGUGGUGGUGUGACAGUGUUAUCUGAUGUAUUGUUUUAUCUUUUGUUUUAUGUGUAAUGUAAGUGCCUUAAUGUGUUUUGGACCCCAGGGAGAGUAGCUGCUGCCUUGGCAGGAACUAAUGGGGAUCCCUAGUAAAAUGCAAAUACAAAUAAUUUAAGCUGUAGAGAAAAGAAAUCAAAUAAUAAUAAUAAGAAAUAUGUAAGAAAUCUAUAGUUGUGCUUUGCUUUGUAGCUACUGUGUCAAUGGCUAUCUUUAUCUAUCUAUAUAUUACUAACUAUAGCUCUGUUAUCUGUACUCAAUGGCUAUCUGUAUCUAUCUAUAUAUUACUAACUAUAGCUCUGUUAUCUGUACUCAAUGGCUAUCUUUAUCUAUCUAUAUAUUACUAACUAUAGCUCUGUUAUCUGUACUCAAUGGCUAUCUUUAUCUAUCUAUAUAUUACUAACUAUAGCUCUGUUAUCUGUACUCAAUGGCUAUCUUUAUCUAUCUAUAUAUUACUAACUAUAGCUCUGUUAUCUGUACUCAAUGGCUAUCUUUAUCUAUCUAUAUAUUACUAACUAUAGCUCUGUUAUCUGUACUCAAAGGUCUUCAGCUCUCUCUGUGGAGACACUUGGAGGGGGCGGAGGCUAUUAAUAGCCUGUAAGUUGAAGUUGAAUAAUGGAUGGCAGCACUCUCUCUCACUAUCAAUUCAAUUUCAAAGGGCUUUAUUGGCAUGGGAAACAUGUAUUUACAUUGCCAAAGCAAGAUUUUGUUUUAAUUGAUAUUAACAUUAAAUAUUGCACUCACAAAGGUUUCAAAAAGAUAAAGACAUUUCAAGUGUUAUAUUAUCAGCUAGUGUUUUAGCAUAGUUGUAGUACGGGAAAAUAAAUAAACAAUCAAUAGAGUCAAUGGGAAAUAACAGUAGGGAGGCUAUAUACAGGGGGUACCGGUACAGAGUCAAUGGGAAAUAACAGUAGGGAGGCUAUAUACAGGGGGGUACCGGUACAGAGGCAAUGGGAAAUAACAGUAGUGAGGCUAUAUACAGGGGGGUACCGGUACAGAGUCAAUGGGAAAUAACAGUAGGGAGGCUAUAUACAGGGGGUACCGGUACAGAGUCAAUGGGAAAUAACAGUAGGGAGGCUAUAUACAGGGGGGUACCGGUACAGAGUCAAUGUGUAAUAACAGUAGGGAGGCUAUAUACAGGGGGUACCGGUACCGAGUCAAUGGGCUGGGGGCUAUAUACAGGGGGUACCGGUACAGAGUCAAUGGGCUGGGGGCUAUAUACAGGGGGUACCGGUACAGAGUCAAUGGGCUGGGGGCUAUAUACAGGGGGUACCGGUACAGAGUCAAUGGGCUGGGGGCUAUAUACAGGGGGUACCGGUACCGAGUCAAUGGGCUGGGGGCUAUAUACAGGGGGUACCGGUACAGAGUCAAUGUGCACACAGGUUAGUUGAGGUAAUUGAGGUAAUAUGUACAUGUAGGUAGAGUUAUUAAAGUGACUAUGCAUAGAUAAUAAACAGAGAGUAUCAGCAGCAUAAAAGAGGGGAGGGGGGGGGGGGGGGGGGGGUUAAUGCAAAUAGUCUGGGUAGCCAUUUGAUUAGAUGUUCAGGACUUGGUGCUCCGGUACCGCUUGCCGUGCGGUAGCAGAGAGGACAGUUUAUUACUAGGGUGGCUGGAGUCUUUGACAAUUUUGAGGGCCUUCCUCUGACACCGCCUGAUAUAGAGGUCCUGGAUUGCAGGAAGCUUGGCCCCAUUGAUGUACUGGGCCGGUAGGUUUUAAUAGUCACAGUCGGCACAACAUCAACUAUACACUUCCUGAUAAAUUCAGUCACGGUUUCAGUGUAUUCUUCUAAAUUAUUUUCGCAAGCUACCCGGAACAUAUCCCAGUCCGCGUGAUUAAAACAACCUUGAAGCGUGGAUUCCGAUUGGUCAGACCAGCGUUGAAUAUUCCUUAGCAUGUGUACUUCCUGUUUGAGUUUCUGCCUAUAGGAAGGGAGGAGCAAAAUGGAGUCAUGGUCAGAUUUGCUGAAAGGAGGGUGGGGGAGGGCCUUAUAACCAACCUGGAAGUUCGAAUAGCAAUGGUCGAGGAUUUUAGCAGCGUGAGUACAGCAGUCGAUAUGUUGAUAGAACUUUAGCAGCCUAGUCCUGAAAUUUGCUUUGUUAAAAUCCCCGGCUACAAUACAUGCAGCCUCAGGAUAUGUGGUUUCCAGUUUGCAUAAGGUUCAGUGAAGUUCUUUGAGGGCCGUCGUGGUUUCGGCUUGAGGGGGGAUAUACACUACCGAUCAAAAGUUUUAGAACACCUACUCAUUCAAUGGUUUUUCUUUAUUUUUACUAUUUUUUACAUUGUAGAAUAAUAGUGUAGACAUCAAAAUUAUGAAAUAACACAUAUGGAAUCAUGUAGUAACCAAAAAAGUGUUAAACAAAUCAAAAUAUAUUUUAUAUUUGAGAUUCUUCAAAUAGCCACCUUUUGCCUUGAUGGCAGCUUUGCACACUCUUGGCAUUCUCUCAACCAGUUUCAUGAGGUAGUCACCUGGAAUGCAUUUCAAUUAACAGGUGUGCCUUCUUAAAAGUUAAUUUGUGGAAUGUCUUUCCUUCUUAAUGCGUUUGAGCCAAUCAGAAGAUAGCCCUAUUUGGUAAAAGACCAAGUCCAUAUUAUGGCAAGAACAGCUCAAAUAAUUAAAGAGAAACGACAGUCCGUCAUUACUUUUAAGACAUGAAGGUCAGUCAAUCCGGAACAUUUCAAGAACUUUGAACGUUUCUUCAAGUGCAGUCGCAAAAACCAUCAAGCGCUAUGAUGAAACUGGCUCUCAUGAGGACCACCACAGGAAUGGAAGACCCAGAGUUACCUCUGCUCAGAGGAUAAGUUCAUUAGAGUUACCAGCCUCAGAAAUUGCAGCCCAAAUAAAUGCUUCACAGAGUUCAAGUAACAAACACAUCUCAACAGGAGACUACCUGAAUCAGGCCUUCAUGGUCAAAUUGCUGAAAAGAAACCACUACUAAAGGACACCAAUAAGAAGAAGAGACUUGCUUGGGCCAAGAAACACGAGCAAUGGACAUUAGACCGGUGGAAAUUUGUCCUUUGGUCUGGAGUCCAAAUUUGAGAUUUUUGGUUCCAACCGCUGUGUCUUUGUGAGACACGUGUGGGUGAACGGAUGAUCUAUGCAUUUCCCACCGUAAAGCAUGGAGGAGGAGGUGUUAUGGUGUGGUGGUGCUUUGCUGGUGACAUUGUCUGUGAUUUAUUUAGAAUUCAAGACACACUUAACCAUCAUGGCUACCACAGCAUUCUGCAGCAAUAAUCUAUCGUAUCUAUCUGCGAUACGUCAUCUCAUCUGGAUUGGGCUUAGUGGGACUAUCUUUGGUUUUUCAACAGGACAAUGACCUAACACACCUCCAGGCUGUGUAAGGGCCAUUUUACCAAGAAGGAGAGUGAUGGAGUGCUGCAUCAGAUGACCUGACCUCCACAAUCCCCCGACCUCAACCAUAUUGAGAUGGUCUGGGAUGAGUCGGACCGCUGAGUGAAGGAAAAGCAGCCAACAAGUGCUAAGCAUAUGUGGGAACUCCUUCAAGACUGUUGGAAAAGCAUUCUAGGUGAAGCUGGUUGAGAGAAUGCCAAGAGUGUGCAAAGCUGUCAUCAAGGCAAAGGGUGGCUAUUUGAAGUAUCUAAAAUAUGAAAUAUUUUUGAUUUGUUUAACACUUUUUUGGUUACUACAUGAUUCCAUAUGUGUUAUUUCAUAGUUUUGAUGUCUUCACUAUUAUUCUACAAUGUAGAAAAUAGUAAAAAUAAAGAAAAACCCUUGAAUGAGUAGGUGUUCUAAAACUUUUGACCGGUAGUGUACACAGCUGUUACUAUAACUGAAGAAAAUUAUCUUGGGUACAAUACACAACCAUGGACAAUACACAAUACAAUACUGUACAAUACAAUACACAAUGUACAAUACACAAUACUGUACAAUAUACAAUACUGUACAUAACACAAUACACAAUAUUGCAAUAUCACUCAGAGAGAUCAUAUCAUAUCACUCAGUAUGUUCCUGUUAUAAUGCUGCUCUUGAGUCAGCCAGCCAGCCAGCUGCAUGGAGCAGCAUUAUCCUCUUUAAUCUAUAAUGACAUCCUUUCAGCAGAGCAUCACACCUGAUAUGUUCCAUUCUACUUCAGAAGGAGACCACCGAGGGAGGGGUGUCUGGGCCUGGAGACCACAGAGGGAGGGGUGUCUGUCUAGACCUGGAGACCACAGAGGGAGGGGUGUCUGUCUAGACCUGGAGACCACAGAGGGAGGGGUGUCUGGGCCUGGAGACCACAGAGGGAGGGGUGUCUGGGCCUGGAGACCACAGAGGGAGGGGUGUCUGGGCCUGGAGAACACAGAGGGAGGGGUGUCUGUCUAGACCUGGAGACCACAGAGGUAGGGGUGUCUGGGCCUGGAGACCACAGAGGGAGGGGUGUCUGUCUAGACCUGGAGACCACAGAGGUAGGGGUGUCUGGGCCUGGAGACCACAGAGGGAGGGGUGUCUGGGCCUGGAGACCACCGAGGGAGGGGUGUCUGGGCCUGGAGACCACCGAGGGAGGGGUGUCUGGGCCUGGAGACCACAGAGGGAGGGGUGUCUGGGCCUGGAGACCACAGAGGUAGGGUGUCUGGGCCUGGAGACCACAGAGGGAGGGUGUUGGGCCUGGAGACACCGAGGGAGGGGUGUCUGGGCCUGGAGACCACAGAGGGAGGGGUGUCUGUCUAGACCUGGAGACCACAGAGGGAGGGGUGUCUGGGCCUGGAACCACAGAGGGAGGGGUGUCUGGGCCUGGAGACCACCGAGGGAGGGGUGUCUGGGCCUGGAGAACCACAGAGGGAGGGGUGUGUCUGGCCUGGAGACCACAGAGGAGGGGUGUCUGGGCCUGGAGACCACAGAGGAGGGGUGUCUGUCUAGACCUGGAGACCACAGAGGUAGGGGUGUCUGGGCCUGGAGACCACAGAGGGAGGGGUGUCUGUCUAGACCUGGAGACCACAGAGGGAGGGGUGUCUGGGCCUGGAGAACACAGAGGGAGGGGUGUCUGGGCCUGGAGACCACCGAGGGAGGGGUGUCUGGGCCUGGAGACCACAGAGGGAGGGGUGUCUGUCUAGACCUGGAGACCACAGAGGUAGGGGUGUCUGGGCCUGGAGACCACAGAGGGAGGGGUGUCUGUCUAGACCUGGAGACCACAGAGGUAGGGGUGUCUGGGCCUGGAGACCACAGAGGGAGGGGUGUCUGUCUAGACCUGGAGACCACAGAGGGAGGGGUGUCUGGGCCUGGAGACCACAGAGGGAGGGGUGUCUGGGCCUGGAGACCACAGAGGGAGGGGUGUCUGGGCCUGGAGACCACAGAGGGAGGG